CUUGGCCUCAAGGAACAAUGUGAGACGUUGCCUGAAAUGUUAAUUUCCGUUCCUCAUUUCAUCAUCCCCUGGCAGGGCGGUAGCUGUGUGAGUGUGUGUGUGUGAGUGUGUGUGUGUGAGUGUGUGUGUGUGAGUGUGUUUGAGUGUGUGUAGGGCUGGCCCUGCCACAUGGAUUCAGUCCCCUUUCAAAGAAGGAUUGUGGUGUGUUAAAUCGUGCAUCUGUUUCGUUUUGGGGGGGGGUCUUUUAAUUUUACUCGAGGCCUGCUCUUCCGGGUUCACCUUUAAGGUUUCUGCUUCUGUUGUGUUUUUGGAAAACUAGUGUAUACCAGCUUCCAAAAAGUGUUAGAAGAGGCUGUGAAAUAUUAAGCUGGGCUGAGAGGGCCCUACGCUUUGAAAACCUUUUUCUAACAGUUAAGGUGUAGCUUGCUUAGGGUUCAUGGUUUUCGCAGGUCAGGAGAACAGCUUCAUAUCCAUUUGUAAGAAGAGAGUGGUUUGGCAAAUUUCUCAGAAGAGAAAUCAGGUUUCAGGCUUUCUUAAACAGAGGUCUGGUGAGUCUGCAGUGAUUUGAGCAAUACCCUUAAGACUCGUUUUCAAGCGAGGAAUAGCAGAAUGCACAAUUGUUGAAUUGCAAAACAGAAUAUUUUGGUCCUUUUUGGAGGGGUGAUGAGAAGUAUUCAGGAAAACUAUGUAAGAUGAUAUUGCUAGUGGAAAUCGUGCCAUUGAAACUGUUACUAUUUUCGUUUUGUGCAAACCCAGUCAAUGGCAUAACUUGGAUAGUUCUAAAUCAGAGACCCUGAGACUGUUUAUUUGCUGCCUUUGGGACCUUGAUUUCUCUUACUAAAUGUUGACUGUUGUGGAAGACGUAGAGUUCUGUGUCUUUUGAGAAUGAUUGCACAAGUACUCUGAUACUACUUAGCAACUGUAGUUAAAAAAGGCAAAACAUCUUGCUCAACAUUGAUUGUGAACCUUGAAUUGGAUCUCCAUAUAGUUGGUGUUUCCUCCCCCAUCCUCCAUUCAGCUGUUGUUCUUCUCUUUCUUGUGUUUUCACGGUUAGGAGCAGGAUCUCAUUUGAUAGGCUGGCCAUUCUGAAUGGAAUGGGAUGGGAGGGAACAAAGACCAAGUUGCUCUGACAUUUUCCUCUGUUCUUUUGUGCAUGCCUCUUGAUUUACUUGAGUGAAAUACUACCCAAAAGAUAUUGCUAAAUUUGACCCAAACCUGAAACUUUGAGAAGUUCAUUUUUAAAGGCAUCACAUAGUCUUGAAUUCUUCAUUUGCAGUUCUGAUUUUGUGUCAGCCUUCCAACUUGCAGUGCCUCUGUCAGACGUUUGUCUCUAGACCCUCUUACACAGCCAUGUUGAUCACUAAACCAGAUGGGCUGCUUAUGACUAGUGGCUCUCAUGUUAGCCGUAAUUACAGUGUUUAUGCAGUGACAAAUAGGACUUUCUACAAAUGUAGUUAAAGAAACUAUGCUAUUUGUAUUUGAGGACGUUUUUCAAGAAGCUUUGUGUGCCUUGGAUUUUUAAGUACAUUUGACAUGGUAAGGUUAUGUUUCAUCAAAUAUAAGAGGAGAGUUAUUUUGCAUAUGGGCAAUGAGCCCAUCAUCAAUUAAAUGACAUAAUUAGAGAGUAUCAGUAAAUGCUGGUUCAGAGAAUAAUCUGCAUUUGUUGCCAAAAUAAGUGUUUUGAUCUGUCCAUUACUCUUUAUAAGUCUCUUAAUCCCUCAAAUGGUAAGUAUAAUGCGUGAGCUUCCUUUUAGUAAGAUAACUCGUUGGUGUCGAGUUGGUUCAGACUUACAGCUACCCUAAAGGACAGAGUAGAACAACCCCGUAGGAUUUCCAAGCCUGUAAUCUUUACAGAAGCAUACUGCCACAUCUUUCUCUCAUGGGGUGGUUGGUGGGUUUGAACUGCCAACCUUUUGGGCAGCAGCCAAGUGCUUAACCACUGCACCACCAGGGCUCUGUUGAUUCUGAUAAGGAUGUGCCUAUUACUAAAUGGCUGUUUUUGGUUUGAUGGACCUUAUUCCUAAUAUCUCUAAGGCUACAGUCAGACUCAGCAGUGCAUUUAAAUGUGUGCUUUUGUUAUUCUGAUAUGCUUAUCUUAACUCCUGCUUCUGUUCUCCAUAUUUAAAGUUUUCUUUGUGGUUCACUUUUGGAUCACAUAAUAUUUUAUAUAUAUAUGGCAGAAAUACAAAUAUUUUUAUGGUAAAGUCCCGAACGGCUAUCAUGGCCUAACUCUGGGAGACCUUGCAUGACUCUGCUCUCUGCAUAGGUCCCUGCUUGGAUCCUUGGUCGCUCUCUCUCAAAACUCCUUAUGCUGGCUGCAUUGGCCAUGUGCCUUCUUAGCCUGCCACGCACCCAUCCAAGGCCUCCUAUGCUCCCCACCCCCAACUCCGAGGUAACUUCUACUUGGCCUUUGGGUCUUAGUUAAAUAUUACUUCCUCUUAGAAAGCCUUCUUAGUCGCCACUCCCAUGGAGGGUGGCCUCUCAUACCUUGUCUCAUCAACAAAGAACUUAACAGUGAAAAUUUACAAGUAUGUAAUUAUGUGUGUUCUGGAUGAUUGAAGGGCUCUGAGCUAAAUGAGGAUAGGGACCCUAAGUCAUAGAAGUUGUUUGAGAAAUAUUUGUUGAAUGAAAGACAUUUUGUAGGUUAUCUAAUCUAUUGCUCUGUAAACCUCAGAUGACUUUUUUACUGGAUUGUUGCCGUGCUUAUGUUUAAAGCUUUAUGAAAGUGAGUAAUUUUGAAGGGGGAAACUGGAUCAUGAACUUCUGUUUGUUUGAUUAGAAAUUCUGCUGUGUGAAUUUCAGCCAUUUUUCCACAUUUUUAUCAUAAGUUUGCCUUAACAUUUUAAGUCAAAGUGUGGGAUAUGGCUUUCAAAACAGGGACAGAACAAGAGAUAAAGAAAAAUAACAAAACGGGAAGGUUGUCUUUGUGGGAAGAAAAUACUUUCUGUGAAAGCAAAGUUCUAGUAGAACUGCUUUUUGAGGCCAACAUAGAGGACCGGAAGCAGUUUUUAUUCUGAUUUCCGCAUACUUUCCAUAAAGGUUUCAGCGUGGUAAAGGCUUUGCUGAAAUUGAAGGCUUGGCUGAGUGUAGUUUGUUGCUGUUUCUGCUCAUGAUACUUAAGUGUUUCAUGGAGAACUUCGAGCAUUUCUAGCCAAAUGUAACAUGAACGUAGUUAACCAUAAUAAUGGGGUCAUUCUCAGAGUUGUAGCAUUUCAGUUACAAAAAAAAAAUAGUGUAUUUAGGGGGAAGUAACACCAAAAUGGGGUUAUGUGUUACUUUUCCCAUUUAGGUUUAUGUUUUAUAAAUUUUCUCUAAUGAAUCUGUUAUAUAAUUGGCAAAAAGGUCCCUGUUUUUUUUUUUUUUUUUUUGUGCUUUAGGUGAAAGCUUACAGCUCAAGUUAAUUUCCAAUGCAAAAAUUUAUACACAUAUUGUUAUGUGACACUAGUUGCACUCCACCUUUCCACCCCGGGUUUCCUAUGUCCAUCCAACCAGCUCCUGUCCCCUUCUGCCUUUUCAUCCUGUCCCCAGACAGGGAGUUGCCCAUUUAGUCUCCUGUAUCUGCUUGAACUAAGAAGCACGCUCUUCAUGAGUGGUAUUUUAUGUUUUAUAGUCCACUCUAAUCUUUGUCUGAAGAGUUGGCUUCAGGAAUGGUUUUAGUUCUGGGUUAACUGAGUGUUUGGGGGCCAUGUGUUCGAGGGUUCCUCCAGUCUCAGUCAGACCAUUAAGUCUGGUCUUUUUACAUGAAUUUAAGUUCUGCAACCCACUUUUCUGCUGCUCUGUCAGAAACUCUCUGUUGUGUUCCCUGUCAUUGGUGGUAGCCAGGCACCAUCUAGUUAAAAGGUUGCUUUUGAAAAGACUAAUCCUGGGUGUAACUUGGAGGCUUGAGUUUUUGGUUUGAUAACAGUAGGUUGAUUUGUAUGGCUUUACUGUUUACCUUUUUUGGAUAGCAAGGGGUGAGGGGAAUUGGUUGAGGGGAGUUGGUUGGCUGUGGUUGAAGACAUUUAAAGACAUCAUUCUAGAUUUAAGAAAUCUAACAGUUCCAAAGCUGGUUCUGUGAAUAAAGAGUUAAGCAGAUUUUCAGUGUGAAAAUAAAUCUUUAAUUUGUUAUGACUAAGGUUUUUCAGGGGCUGAAUGGACUGAAUAUCCUGUUGAUGGGACAAGGCUUCUUUGAUGCCGCCUACUCCUUCAACCCUCCGCCCUCCAUUUUUCCUUCUUCUUUAAGGCCAAGGUUGAAGCUGCUAUCAGGGGAGUGCUGUGGAGCAGGCGUUGCUGUCUGAGUUACAGUGUCCUUAAACUGUCUGGCUAAGGGCAAGACCUAAGUUUCCAGUCUGCCCUUGGGAUCUGUGCAGUGAAUUAUUUAUUAUCCUAGAAAUCUGUAGGCACUCUUUUUCCACUUGUAAAGAAACCAGUGUGCACCUGUUCUUUAUUCAAAAAUCUUGGCCUUUUCUCUACACAAAAUGUUUUUGAUCACUUAGAUCAAAAAAAUUUUUUUUUUUGUCAAGGUUAACUAAAAUUCUUACCCCUGCCCUGUACUUGUUUAACUCUAAAAAACGAUCUUUAGAAGUGGUUAAAGUUAGAAUUUAGCUCGCAUUUAAUACAUCAGAAGUUAUUUUUCAUCCAAAAUGUAGCAAAUAGACUUCUUUUUCUCAUGUCAUUAAUAGCGAUUAUCCGCUUUUCCUCUUUUUCCAGUGGCAGUUUUCAGAGGUUGGACCCAGAAUGCUAAUGUCCUAGAAUAAUGACUAUUUCUAAAUGACAGGAAGAUGCAUAGGGUUCAUGAGGUUUUUGACCAAAGUUAUGUUGGGCUUUUUUCCCCAGUGUAGUUAAUAUCUAGCAAAAUAAACAAAAAAGACUUUCAUUUAGUUCUGGGUAUUUAAAAACUCUAUGCCUCAUUUAUCUCCAGUUGCCUGAGUUCCAGGAGCUGAGGACUGAUACCCUCUUUUACGUAGGUUUAAUAUAAAACUGAAAAAGGUGAAUUGCAUGGAAGUUUUAUUAAAAUUGAGAUUCAUAGAAAUUCUGUAACUGUUUCAAGACAAUAACUUCUCUUUAUUUGACUCUUUAGUGUAAACUGGAGAUCAUUAUAGCUAUAGUGUUUGAGUUUAUCUUAGAGAAGGUGAGAGAAGCAAUGAAGAGCCUGAUUACUCUUAAGAAACUGAACCUUGUUAGUCUGCAACAUGUUUCUAAAUGUGGUUUUACAUCCUGCAAAACAGGAAAUAAAAAUAAAAAACCAAAAAAACCCCAGAGCAACAUUCUUGAAAGAAUUAAUUUUUUUAAGAAAUUACUAAAAUGUCUGGCUAAUUAAAGGAGAGGCAGAAUUUCACAUUAAAAAUCUUGCCUCUUUGGAUGAUCACAAAGAAGAAAAUCUAGCCUCUAGGAGUCAGAAAAAUGUGUUGAAAACGUGCCGUGUUACCGAAGUAUACCAUAAGCCCAUGUUUGAUUGUGAUUUCAAGGAGUUUUAGACUGUGAAUUUUUUAUUGGCAGAGUUGUAUGUUUUGUUCUGUAAUGUAUUUGUUACCUACGUAGGUAUUUUCAUUACUUUGAGAACAGUUCAUCUGAAAUUUGAAGUUCUUUAAAACAUUUUCUUAGGAAUUUUUUUCCUGACUGUUGAGAAAAGUAAUCUUUGAAUUGUAUCCUUUAUCUUUUAAUACGAAACUUAGAAAAGUGAUAUGUGCUUUCACUCAUAACUUAAGUAACUUUCAGCAGAUACAACCUUCAUGAGAUUUACAUGUGAACUUUUUUUUCCUUUGGUAAAGUGAUUAGAUCUGAAUCUGCUAAACUUGUGUUCUCUUGAGAUGCCUGGCUUUUAAAGAAAAAACUAUGUGAAAGCAAUAACUUUAAUCUCUAGAAAAAGCAUACUUCAGUGGAGUCUAAUGAUACAGUGAAUUUUGAGAACAUUGGGGGGAAAUCUCUCAGAAUUUAAGCUAUGACUUCUCCUUUUUCUUUUCCCUAAUAGCUUUCUUAUAAGUCCCCAAAUAGUAUUUGUUCAAAGAGAAUGGGAAAUGGAAGGUAGAGGGUGGGAAAAAGAAGUAACAAAAUAAAACAAAAACCCAAACCUGUUGCUGUUGAGUUUAUUCCGAUUCUUAGUGACCCUAUAGGAUUGAGUAGAACUGCCCCAUAGGGUUUCCAAGGCUGUAAUCUUUAUGGAAGCAAACUGCUGCUUGGGAUUUCAAACUGCCGAUCUUUUGGUUAGUAGUUGAGCGCUUAACUGCUGCACCACCAAGACUUCUUCAAAGUAACAAAUAAAAAUCUCGUUGCUGUCAAGUCGUUUCCAACUCAUAGUGACCCUAGAGGACAGAGUAGAACUGUGUCAUAGGGUUUCCAAGGAGCGCCUGGUGGAUUCCAACCGCUCACCUUUUGGUUAGGAGCGGAGCUCUUAAUCACUAUGCCACCAGGGCUCCAGAAGUAACAAAAGGAGGUUAUAAAAGAUGGGAGGAAAACAUACGCUCUCAGAAUUGGGAGAAACAGUUGUUUUUUAAAAAUAUUAAUAUUUAUUUUUUAAAAUAUUGAAUAUUUUUUAAUAUUUCAGUGCUGUCAUUAUUAUUGCUGCUGUAACAAAUUACCACAAAUUUAGUGGCUUAAAACAAUACAGAUUUAUUAUCAUACAUUUCUCUCAUACAGUCUGACCUGGAGUUUAUUGGGCUGGCUCCUUCUUUGGAGACUCCUGGGAAGAAUCCUCUUUGCCUUUUCCAGCUUCUAGAGCCUUACCCAAGCCCUGAUGUUAUCUUUUGCCUGAUAUGCAUGUGAAAGCUGGCCAGUGUAUAACGAAGACUGAAGAAGAGUUGAUGCCUUUGAAUUAUGGUGUUGGCGAAGAAUAUUGAAUAUACCACAACUGCCAGAAGAACAAACAAAUCUGUCUUGGAAGAAGUACAGCCAGAGUCCUCCUUGGAAGCGAGGAUGGUGGGACUUUGUCUCCUGUACUUUGAACAUGUUACCAGGAGGCACCAGUCCCUGGGGAAGGACAUCAUGCUUCAUAAGGUAGAGGGUUAGCCUAGAAGAGAAAGACCCUCAAAGAGAUGGAUUGCCACAGUGGCUGCAACAAUGGGCUCAAACAUAGGAAGGAAGUUGUGAGGAUGGUGCAGGACCAGGCAGUGUUUCCUUCUUUUGUACAUAGGGUCACUAUGAAUCAGAACUGACUCAUUAGCACGUGACAACAACAGAGGCUGUGCCUGCAUUCCUUGGUCUGUGAUCUCUUCUUCCGUCUUCAAAGCCAGCAAUGUUAUAUCUUUGAUUUUUCUUCUGCCUCUCUUCCUCUUUCAAGUACGUUGUGAUUACACUGGGCCCACCUGGAUAAUGCUGAUUAGUAACCUUAGUUGUCCUCUGUUGUAUAACCUAAAAUAUUCACAGGUUCGGGGAUUAGGAUGUGGAACUUGGUGGGGUUAUUCUGCGCGUGCUAGGAUCCCAUGUAUGCUAUUAUAGCAGAUGAGGUUGGGGUCAGAUCAUUGAGCAGGUUUGCUUCAGUCCAUUAGAACCAUUUUAGCUAUUGGAAAGCUUCAGUGCCAUUGUAGUGUGGCAUUGUUUGGGCAUUUGUGAGCAUGCUGUAAAUUUAAGAGUCCUGGGGAAACUUUUUUAAUAACCUUUAUUUUGGAGUAAUUUUGGACAUGCAGAAAAGUUACAGAAAUAGUACAGUUUAUAACCUUCAUCCAGUUCCCCUAGCGUUACCAUCUUACAUAACAUUGGUAAGGUUGUCAAAGUGAGUAAAUUAACAUUGGUACAUUACUAUUAACUAAGCCUGACUUUAUUUGGAUUUCGCCAGUUUUUCCACUGAUGUCUUUUUGCUCUUCUAGGAUCCAUUCCAGGAUACCACACUGGAUUUAGCUGUCAUGUCUCCUUAGUCGUCUUCUGUCUCUAACAGUUUCUUAGGCUUUCCUUGUUUUUCAUGACCAUGACCCCCUUAAAAAGUACAGUCUUUGUUUUUUAAGUCUUUGUAACCAUUUACCCAUUUGGCCCAGUUGUAAAGCGCUGUGUAGUUGUUGACUUUGGGUUUACUUGACUACUUUUCCAAGUGUGGUCUGCUCUUUAGUGAGAGAACAGUCUUGUGUCUUUUUUCAAUACGUUUUAUGGAGGGGUAUUCUAAGACUAGAUAGCUUGCUCCUGUGUGUACAUUGGGAAAUGUGUUUAUCGGUUGCUUGUGUGUAGAAGACUGUUGUAGGAAACACAAAGGUGACUGAGACCCAGUCCUGCUCUGAGUAUACAGUCUGAUGGGAAAGAGAGGGGUUCAGAUGACUAGAACCUGUGUUGUUAGGGGCUGGUAUUAGGAAAAGAGAUACGAACAAAGUGCUUCAGGAGUUUAGGGGAGAAAAAGAGACCACAUCCGGUUCUGGGAAGAUUUAAUAUAGGAAGUGCAACUGAAGCAGUGCUUUCAAGAAGAGGUGGAAUGUCAAGGUGCAGAAAACAGGGUUUGGCCAUCUUAAAGUGAGAGAAAGCUCUCUAGACAGAGACUGGAAAAGGCGGGAUGUAAGUUGAGAUGUGAGCUAAACGUUGGAUGUCAGCUGAACACAGGUCUCAUGAAGGAGAAUAGUACCAGGGAAGGCUAGAACAAUGGAUUGGAGUCAAAUUGUGUAGGGUGUUGAAUGAUAAAGACCUGACUGGGUCAACGAAGGAGAGGCAUUGCAUUUUUUUGAGGCAGGAGAUGCUGUGUCAGAAUUUGACAGUAGUGAACAGGACAGGUCAGGCACAGAAGGAGCAAAGAGUAGAUGGGCUUUGUAGUACUCCAGUGCCUAAACUUGGAGUACUCUUUACCUUACUACAAAGAAAGAAAUGGUUUCUAGGAAUGUGCAGAAGAAAUCAACUGAACUUGGUCAUAGGGUGUGAAAGGUGAAUGGAAGGGUGCUGUUUUGUCUUGGGCUAGUACUUUUACAACCCCACCAUCCUCUGCUUUGGAAGAAUAUCGGGUUUAAAAAGAUGUUUCAAAAGGAACACUAUUACAAACGUAGGAAUGCCAUGUUCUACGGAAAAAUGUAAAAUAACAGAAAUGAAUGAUGGGGUUUAAAAUUCAUUGUAGGGAUAAUACUUGAGUUUAGUACACUUGUAUCCAAGACAAAGUUUCUGAUCCUUGCCCUCAAGGAGUUUCAGUCAAGACAGUGUAAACUAGAGACCAAGGGUAGUAGAUUUGUGUUCAUGUAGGAGGGGACUAAGGAGCCCUGGUGGUGCUGUCGCUAAGUGCUUGACUACUAGCUGAAAGGUUGGCAGUUCGAACCCACCAGCCUGUCUGAGGGAGAAGAGACCUGGGAUCUGAUUCCAUAAAGAUGGAAACCCCAUGGGGCGGCUCUACUCUGUCCUCUAUAGGGUUGCUGUGUGUUGAAAUGGACUUGAUAUUCCACAACAAAAAUACCAAUCUGAGCUGGAGACUUUGGAGCUUAGAGGAGCAGUGAGCCUGCCGACAGAGAUAGUGUACAAUUAAGAACAGUGAUUCUUUUAUUUGCCCAAAUAAAGACCUGUCUGGACUUUUUUUUUUUUGUAUCAGCACAUAUCAUUAGGUACCUAAUUAGUAUUUGGUUGAAAGGUCACUUAAUUAAAAGUUGUGAUUUUAAAGAAGGGCUCAUGGACCGAGUAAGGAGUAAUAUAUAGCAGGGAAUAAAAUUCGAUACUCUAUGCAGAAAAUGUUUAGUGUGUUAAACCUUUGCCGAGCUUACUAACCUAGUAUAAGACUAUUUGUAAUUUGCAUCAGGUUAGCAGAAUCUAGCCUUUAUCGUGAAUGGACUAGAAUAUGAAGAACAUGGUGCCUCUGGACUGUAUGUAUUUGUAAGGUUAGCAAAGCUCAGGAGUGAUGGAGAAGCUUGCUUAGGGAGGCUUCGGCUGGGUGGCAGACUGUUGGUUGUGCUGUUUCCAUCCAGGUCCUAAAUAGCAUUCAGCUCAACUGCAAAUGCAGAAAUAAAUGGAGAGCAUACCUCUUUGUUUUGGACAGGCUGAAGUUGUAGGCGGCAGCAGGAUCUGAUGGCAAGGCACACUUGGAGUAAGACACCUCUCUCGGUGCAGGUUCUCCUUGGUGGGCAGUGCUGAAGGACGCUUUAGGUUCCCUGUGUGGCGCGUUGAUUUCUUUGUGUUUAUUUUUACAUAAAUCCUCCACAAUUCUGCUGAAUCUUGUUGCUACCAACCUCUCUAUAACAUUAAAGGAUUUUACUUUUUCAGCUAACUGACAACUCUUUAUCUUGAUGGAGAGAAUUUGUCUUUAUAGUGUUACGGUGACACGGUGUGAAUCCACCAGUGUUCCUUUCUUGAUUAUCAGAGUGCACUGGGUUUAGAAGUUUCACAGCAAUGACAUUUCCAUAUUGAAGUCAUUGAGUGACCUUAGCUCUAGUGUUUCACAGACGUAAUAGUUAAAAUGGGCAGGGAGUAAAGGAUACACAGAGAGUGUCUCAGAAGGAGCGGCUGCUGGCUGCUUUCUCUGUGUGCCUUUCCUGAGCAGUCUGAAGGUUGACUUGCCAUUUCUUUGUGUCAUCAUCUUGUACUUUUACACUGGAUGUUUGUCCAGGGCUGUUUUUAAGGACUAACUUUUCAAUGAUCAGGGUAAAUAAAAAUAUUUUAAGAUCAGUGGGCUAAUCAAGACUAUUUGGGUUUGAAGUGUCCGUAGCUGGGGAUGAAGUCAGUUCCUCUUGGGCUUGUGGAUUUAAGGUGAAGGGAACAAUAUGUGUCUCACCUUUAGUCCACAGACUCUGCUCUUUCAGUUGCAUCUGCAGGCUGCAUUGAUAUGAGAUUUUAAAACAUGGCAGAGAAUACAUAAUAGAUAAGGGGUACCAGAUAUUAUUGUGGAACCAUGCUUUACUACCUCUCUUUGAAAAUGUCAGCUUUACGCCUCUUACCUCCAGAGGAGAGGCUAGAAGUUGGUUGUGGGUGGUGAACUGGGAAGGGGAGAGAUUUGUACAAAUAUCAAAAUGUUAAACUCGUUUAUUUGUGUGUGUAUGCAUGUAUGUGUAUAUGUAUGUAUAUGUACACACUUCAAUAAAGCAAAUAAGGGUCACAGGAACUGAUACUUCUUAGACAUGACGAAUCACCUCACGAGUUCAAUUUUCUUAGUUUGAAGAUUUAGGGUUGCAGUCUCAUCAGACAACUAGGUUGAUUGCCAUAAUAUAGUUUAUAUUCUACAUCCUAGUCUGGUGAGUAGCAUCGGAGGUCUUCAAAGCUUGUGAGUGACCAUCUGAGAUACACCUAUUGGUGUCUCCUAAUCUGGAGCAAAAGAGAAAGUAGGAAACCCAAGACUUGGAGAAGGAACCAAUCUACAGGACUAAUAGUCUACCAGGGCCCUCCUCUACCCUGAUGCUCGAAGUAGAUGAUGCCCAGCUACCAAUACUGAGUGUUUGGAUCAGGAUGGCUCCUGAUAGAAAGGGAGAAAAAUGUGAAAGAGAACUUCAAAUUUUCAAAAAUCCCAGACUUACUGGACCCACUCGAGUCGGGAGGAAUCCCUGAGACUGUUACCCUGAGGUAUUCCUUAAGCCUUGAACUGAAACUAUUCUCUCAAGUUGCAUUUUAGCUAAAUAGCAGGUUAGCCCAUAAAGGAAUGAAUAUCACCCUUGAGCACUGUACUGUUUUAAAACAUCUGUUUGAGACCAAAAGCAUAGAUGAAAAGGUUGGGGGGCUUCUGAGUCUAGGUUAAUGGGAAUGGAAUAACUAGAAUGGAAAUAAUGAGAAUAUUGAUACAAUGUGAAGAAUGUAACCAGUAUCACUGAACAAUAUGUAUAGAAAUUGCUAAAAGGGAACCUGUUUUGCUCUGUACGUUUCCACUGACAAUACUAUAAAAUAGUAUUUAAAAAACAAACAAACAAAACUUGUUUGUUCUGUGUGAUGGCCUGGCAUAUGAGUAUUUAUUCCAGCUACUUCUGUAUUUUCAGUUUAAGUACAAAAUCAAGUAGCUACAAUAGAAAAUAUAUAUAUAUAUAUAUAUAUAUUUGUAUGUAUAGUGUCCCUACAUACCUUUCCCUCAAGAAUUGUAGAAUAUUGUUGGAGAGAAAACUUUAAGAAUAUUCAGUAAAUGAAAUGAAGUCUGAUUUCUUCCAGUGUAAAGGUUCUUCAGAGUUGCAGCAGCCCCUGGAGACCUGGUCCAUCUUCCCGUUUCCCACUUGUCCAGAGCAUUUGACUGAGGAGUGGGAGAGCUGGAGCUUGAACCCUUAUCCUGACUAGCAGCUUAGGAGACUUCCAAAACUUUCUGUGUAAAUAUUUGUCGUUGGUGGCUAAGUUUUUUUAGCCUGUAGCUUUCCUCUUUGAGAACGUGGUUUUUUCCCUUUGUCAUCUGAUAAGGUUUAGAGCUGAUAGACAUUUGCACAGAUGAAAGUUCAUGCAGCUCUUUUCUUUUUCCCCCGAUUGAAAUAAAUGCACGAUUUGAUUUGGAAGCCUAGAGUGUAAUUCUGAGAAGGAGACCUUCGUUAUUAAUAGCUGAUACCGUCUGGACUGUCUGUGUUUCCAUGACUAUGCAUCUCAGCGGAGAAAUGGCCCUUCCCUCAGCUAGUGGCUUUCCUAUGCCCUCAUUGGAGAGAAUGCUAGUUUCCUUGCCUGAGAACACAGCUCGGUGGGUUAGAGCAGGUGUGGAUGAGUGGUUUUAGAUUUUAUCCCCAGUGGGCCUAUUUCUCAAAUGUUAAGAUCUAAUUAAGUACUAAAAAUGACUUUUUGGAUGUAAAACUUUAGUUCAUUCUAGAUGUUAGUGAAUUUAUACUAAUGGUUUAUUAUUAACAUUGCUUCUGUUUGUACUUUUCUCUCCUUGUUUCGUGGGACCUUGUUUAAUAAGGAAGUACGCUAACAAGGUAUAGCUAAUGCUCACCUAGUACUAGAGUGCCAUUUAAAAAUGAUUUUACACCAGCAGGGAGCAGUCCAGGGUUUUCAGCCUCCUUGUUCCCAGUGCACGCGGAGUGCUGUGAGGCCUCCCCCGAGUCUGAUAUUCUACUUCUGUUCCAUCCCUGUCACUGGUGCUGUAGUACUAGUGGAAUCUGUACAUGCUUUUUGCUUUAAAAGAUAAUCGAAUGAUGAAAACUUAAAUAUAUUUUACAAAUGAAUUUAAAAGCAAACAUCAAGUGCUGAUUAAUCUAGGGAAGUAUUUGUAUUGGCUGUUUUAAAUAGCCCUUAGUUUUAUUAAAAGCCAUUCCUGAGUAGUGAGGUAUUUCUUAUAUCAAGUCAUAUUUGUAUUAUACAAGAAGGCAAAACUGUCAGAGGUCAGUUUUCUGUCAGCCGAAACUCUUCAGGGCAGUGAUUCUCAAGGGACUGGGUCUGGACAGACAUAAUGAUCUGUUCCUGAUCAAACUGCUGCCCCCUGUGAGCAGGUUGGAAGCCAUGGGACAUGUCUGAUAGCGACGGAGGAGACGUACUGUGCGUGCAGUUAUCAAAGUUGAAACCUUUACCCCAGUUUUGGGGUCAUUUAAUGAGGAAACAGUGGGUCUAGUGGGCCUCCAUGAAUCUCACUUGUAGUAGCCAGCAUGUUUAGCUUUCCAGACUACCUCAUCCUUGAAAAACUCCUGAAUAACUCAAGUUUCAUUCUAUUGCCAUGGGCUUCCUUCUUUGAUGUUAGUGCUGUGGGAAUAACGAGUUUUCAUUAACCAUCAAGAAUUAUUUGUAAGAAGUCCUAAUGAGACAUGUCAUAGAAAGAUGUCAGUUGUUGCCAUGUUGUUGUUGUUAGGUGCUGUCGAGUUGGUUCCGACUCCUAGUGACCCUGUGCACAACAGAAUGAAACACUGCCCGGUCCUGAGCCAUCCUUACAAUCGUUGCUUUGCUUGAGCUCAUUGUUGCAGCUACUGUGUCAAUCCACCUCAUUGAGGGCCUUCCUCUUUUCCACUGACCCUGUGCUCUGCCAAGCAUGAUGUCCUCCAGGGACCGAUCCCUCCUGAGAACAUGUCCAAAGUAUGUAAGACGCAGUCUUGCCAUCCUUGCCUCUAAGGAGCAUUCUGGCUGUACUUCUAAGACAGGUUUGUUCAUUCUUUUGGCAGUCCAUGGUAUAUUCAGUAUUCUUCGCCAACACGGCAGUUCAGAGGUGUCAGUUCUUCGGUCUUCCUUAUUGUCCAGCUUUCACAUGCGUAUGAUGCAAUUGAAAAUGGCUUGGGUCAGGCGCACCUUAGUCUUCAAGGUGACAUCUUUGCUCUUCAACACUUCAAAGAGGUCCUUUGCAGCAGAUAUACCCUGUGCAAUGCGUCAUUUGCUUUCUUGACUGCCGCUUCCAUGGCUGUUGCUUGUAUAUCCAAGUAAAAUGAAAUCCUUGACAACUUCAGUAUUUUCUCCGUUUAUCAUGAUGUUGCUCACUGGUCCAGUCGCGAGGAUUUUUGUUUUCUUUAUGUUGAGAUGCAAUCCAUACUGAAGGCUGUGGUCUUUGACCUUCAUUAGUAAGUGCUUCAAGUCCUCUUCACUUUCAGCAAGCAAGGUUGUGUCAUCUGCAUAAUGCAGGUUGUUAAUGAGUCUUCCUUCAAUCCUGAUGCCCCGUUCUUCUUCAUAUAGUCCAGCUUCUCGUAUUAUUUGUUCAGCAUACAGAUUAAAUAGGUCUGGUGAAAGAAUACAACCCUGAUGCACACCUUUCCUGACUUUAAACCAAUCAGUAUCCCCUUGUUCUGUCCGAACAACUGCCUCUUGAUCUAUGAAAAGGUUCCUCAUGAGCACAAUUAAGUGUUCUGGAAUUCCCAUUCUUCUCAGUGUUAUCCAUAGUUUGUUAUGAUCCACACAGUCGAAUGCCUUUGCAUAGUCAAUAAAGCACAGGUAAUCAUCCUCCUGGUAUUCUCUGCUUUCAGCCAGGAUCCAUCUGACAUCAGCAAUGAUAUCCCUGGUUCCACGUUCUCUUCUGAAACUGGCCUGUAUUUCUGGCAGUUCCCUGUUGAUAUAUUGCUGCAGCCAUUUUUGAAUGAUCUUCCAUAUUGUUGCCAUAUUCUACAAAUAAUGGCACUGCACAGGAAUUGCGGUUCUACACCUACCUGUGGACUGAGAGAAUGUGGGCCUAGGGAGUAGGCUUCUUGCUGGGUUGUGUGACUCUUUGGUAAUAAUAGUAAGAAUGAAAAGGACACUAUUACCCUGCUUUGGCUGUAUACUGAGUAGAACAUUCAGGUUGUUUAUCAGGGGCAGAAAGUUGGUGAGACUGGAUCUGUUUGAGGCCAUGGUGGGGUCUAUGAGCUAUUGAAGCAAAAGGAGAAAUGUGAAUAGAUUGGGGUUGGGAAGUAAUGUUUAAGUGUGGGAAAGUGAACUCUAACAAUCUGGCUUUUACUUUUCUUCCAGUUUUUGUCUAUCCUAUUUUUUUAUUGUUGUCAGAGUGUGGGGGCAGUGGCAGUUCAGCAGUAGAAUUCUUGCCUUCCAUGUGGGAGCCUCAGGCUUGAUUCCCAGCUAACACACCUCAUGCUCAGCCAGCACGGGUUGCUGUAAUGCUGUGAACAGAUUUCAGCAAAGCUUCCAAACUAAGAUGGACUAGGAAGAAAGGCUUGGUAACCUGCUUCCAAAAACCAGCGAAUGAAAACCCUAUGGGUUGUGAAUGCUCUGAUCUGCAGCUGAUCGUGUGCGUGGCUCAGGACAGGGCAACGUUUGUUUCAUUGUACAUGGAGUUGCCAUGAGUCCGUGGGUGACUCCGUGGCAGCUAACAGCAGCAGGAGCAGCUUUAAGUUUAACUAGCUGUAUAAAAUUAUAUAAAUUGCCAGCCAGGGGUUGUGUUCUAGUACUGUACGUAUAUGUAAAUGUAUAUUGUGUGUUCUGCCUCACAGUGAGAUGAGUUUGCCCUUAGGGUGAAAGACACUUGAAGUCUGGGACCAAGUCCCGUCUCACCCCAGCUCUUCUCUUGCCUAGCAGAGAGCCAGAUUCAGAGGGUAGGGAAGAAAAUGUGCUAGUGGUUUUGGUGGAGCAGAGGCUGUUGUACUGACAUCUCUGCUUUGUCUCGAGUUCAGGGAACACUACUAAGAUUAUAGCUCCAAAUUAGGUGUUAAAAGCACUUCGUAAACGUAUACAUUAUAUGACUUAAACAAACAAAGCAAACUGGUUGUCAUUGAGUCAAUUCUGACUCAUAGUGACCCUAUAGUACAGAGUAGAACUGCCCCAUAAGAUUUCCAAGGAGUGACUGGUGGAUUCGUACAGCCGACCUUUUGGUUAGCAGCCGAGCUCUUAACCACAGUACCACCAGGACUCCUUAGAUGAUUUAGGCCUGGACCAUUUUUAUCAUAGAGAAGGUAUGAGCCUAAGUGACGUGAAUAGUCAAACUCUUAGGAUAUGACAGACAAGGGUUGGCUAGAAUUUUCAGAUCCGUUGUGGGGGUGGGGGACAAACGUUUCUCUACUUUAAAAAACAAAAGAAAAAAACCUAUUGCCCUCGAGCUGAUUCCAAAUCAUAGUGACCCUAUAGGACAGAAACUACCCCAUAGGGUUUCCAAGGAGCGGCUGAUGGAUUUGAAAUUGCCGACCUUUUGAUUAGUAGCUGUUGUUUUUUUUUUUUUAAUUGUACUUUAGAUGAAGGUUUACAGAGCAAAUUAGUUUUUCAUUAAACCAUUAAUACACAUACUGUUUUGUGACAUUGGUUGCCAACCUCACAACAUGUCAGCACUUCCCCCUCUUCUCAACCUUGGGUUCCCCAUUACCAGCUUUCCCAUCCCCUCCUGCCUUUUUGUCCUUGCCCCUGGGCUGGACGUUUACUCUAGUCUUGUUUUAUGAGCCUGUCUAAUCUUUGGCUGAAGGGUGGACAUCAGAAGUGACUUCAGUACUGAGUUGAAAGGGUGUCUGAGGGCCAUACUGCCGGGAUUUCUCCAAGCUGCCAAGCUUUUAACCGCUGCGCUACUGGGGCUGUUAAAACUACAUUAUGAUCCUGUUUGUGAUAACUAAACUUGACAUUCUCUUAUCUCCACAGCAUCUAAUUUUGUUUUGCUUUUAUUCUUAUGCAUUUUUCUCCAUUGAAAGUGGUGAUUUUUCGGAAUAGCCUGACUCAGGAAUAUCUUACACUCAGCCCCCAGCCUUCUAGUGUGCCUGUUCUAGAGGCAGUCUCCCUUACCAUAUCUUUUGCAUUCUUCCAGGGGUGGUCCUUACGUGACGAAGCUUAUGUACAUGCAUAAUGGUGAAGUGUACUAUUUUGUACUAUUACUUUUUUCACUUGAUUUUGGAAUUAUGUAUCGAUACAUGUGGGGCUGCUUCAUGUUCUUCUAUCAUAAUAUGAAUGUGCUGUAACUUGUGUCUUACUGACGGACAUUUACUUGUUUCCAGUGCCUUAUUGUGCAAAAUGACAUCCUGUGCCCAAGUGUAGAAGUAUUAGCUAUAGGUUACGCUUUUAGGAUUGCCAGAUCAGAGGUUAUGGAUAUUUAAAAAUUGUGAUUUUGCCAAAUUGCUUUUGACCGAGAUUGUACUUGAAUGAUGAGUGUUUGUGAUUAAUUUCAUUUGUUAAUAAACAAUUUAUAUUGAGGUGAAAUUCAUGUAACACAAUUAACCAUUUUUAAGCAAACAAUUUAGUGGCAUUUAGUACAUUUCCAGUGUUGUGCAACCACCAUCUCUUAAGUAUUACUGAAAAUAAAUAGCUUAAGAAACCACUCAGUGAGAAAAAAGUUCUCCUUUGGUCUUGACACUCUAUGAUAAGAGAGAUUUUGUUUAGUCUGAUAGGAUUUCUGUCUCAGAAAAUAUUACUGGUUCAUUAUGAAGUAUAAAAACAUUACCUGCAAAGUAUUUUUUCAGAUGUUUUCUACAACAUUUUUCUGGUAUCGAAAGGAAACUUAUACUCGUUAAGCAGUCUCUUCCCCUUUCCUCCCCCCCCGCCCAGCUCCUGGCAACCACCUUUCUGUGUUUUCUGCCUAUGAAUUUACCUAUUCUGGAUAUGUGAUAUAAAUGGAAUAAUACAGUAUGUGGUCUUUUGUGACUUGCUUUUUUCACUUAGCGUAAUGUUUUCAAGGUUCAUUGCUUUUUAUGACUUAUAAUGAUUCUAUUGUAUUGCUCUACCACAUUUUGUUUACCCAUUUGUCCAUUGUUGGACAUUUAGGCUGUUUCUACCUUUUGGAUAUUAUGAAUAGUGUGGCUGUGAACAUGCAUGUGUGAUUUAUUUUUAUUUAAAAAGUUGUUGUAAAACACAUACAAAAUUUUCCAUUUUACCCAUCUUUAAGUGUACAUUUCAGUAGCAUUAAGUGUUUUGCAACCAUCACCAUUAUUUCUUGUACUUUUUCAUCAUACCAAAUAGAAACUCUGUACCCGUUAAUAGAAACUCCUUAUUUUCCCCUCCCCCUAGUUCCUGAUAACCGUUAGUCUGCUUUCUGUCUCUGAAUUUGGGUAAUCUAGAUAUUUUAUAUAAGUGGAUUCAUACAUAUUUGUCCUUUUAUAUCCGGCUCAUUUCACUUAGCAUAAUGUUUGCAAGGGUUGUUGCGCAAGGGUCGUUGCAGCGUGUACCAGAACCUAUUCCUUUUUUUCAUGGCUGAAUAAUAUUCCAUUAUAUGUGUUCCACAAUUUGUUUAUCCAUUCAUCUGUUCAUGGACACUUGGGUUGUUUCCAUCUUUUGGUUACUAUGAAUUAAUGCUGCUAUGAACUUUCAUGUACAGAUUUUUUUGGAACACCUAUUUUCACUUCCACUUCAUUUGAGUGUAUACCUAGGAGUGGAAUAGCUGGGUCAUAUGAUAAUUCUAUUUUUAACUUUUUGAGGACCUGCCCAAUUGUUUUCCACAGUGGCUCCACCAUUCAUUUUACAUUUCUAUCAGCAGUGCACAUGCAUGUUCCUAUUUCUCUGCAUUCACCUCAACACUUGUUAUUGUCUAUUUGAUAAUGGCUGGCAGUGAGUUUUUUUAGUAUCUUAGUGGGUAUGAAGUGGUAUCUCAUUGUGAUUUUUGAAUUGUAUUUCCUUAAUGACUAGUAAUAUUGACCAACCUUUCAUGUUCUUAACGUCUUUGGAGAAAUGUUUGUUCAAGUCUUUGCCCAUUUUUUAAUUGGGUUGUCUUUUUGUUAUUGAGUUGUACAAGUUAUUUAUAUAUUCUGAAUAUUAAACCCUUAGCAGGUAAAUGAUCUGUAAAAAACUGUUCUGUAGAUUGUCUCUUCACUUUCUCGGUAAAGCCCUAUUAUGCACACAGUUUUUAAAUUUUGAUGCAGUCCAGUGUAUUUGUUUUUCCUUUUUUUUAAAUCUGUUUUUCCUUUUGCUGCUCAUGCUUUUGGUAUUGUAUCUAAGAUUCCAUUGCUGAAUCCAAGGGCAUGAAGAUUUGCCUUUAUGUUUUCUUCUAAGAGUUUUAUGGUUUUAACUCCAGUAUUUAGGUUGUUGAUUCAUUUUGAGAUAGUUUUUGUAUAUGGCAUGAGGUAGAGAUCCAACUUUUACAUGUGGAAAUUCAGUUGUGCCCCACCAUUUGUUAAGAGACUCUCUUUUCCCCAUUGAAUGGACUUGAUUCUCUUUUUGAAAAUCAGUUGGCCAUGUACAGAAAUAGAAAAACCAAUCCUCAACUUUAUAUGGAAUGGCAAGAUGCCCCAAAUAGCUAAACAGUGUUGAAAGAAAAGAACAAAGGAAGAGGACUCACAAUUCCUGCUUUUAAAACAUACCGUACAGCUAUAGGGUCUCUAUGAGUUGAAAUUGACUCCAUGGCAAUGGGUUUGGUUUUGGUUUUUAUAUAGCCACAGUAAUCAAAACAGCCUGAUACUGUUAUAACAGUAGAUACAUAGACCAGUGGAAUAGAAUUGAGACUCCAGAAAUAAACCCACGAACUUAUGGUCAACUGAUUUUUUUGACAAGGGUGCUAAAUCAUUCAAUACGGGAAGAGUCUUCAGUAAAUGGGAAUGGUAAAAUUGGAUUUCUACAUGCAAGAAAAUGAAGCAGGACCCAUGCCUCACACCAUACACAAAAACACAUUAAAAAUGGAUUAAGGACCUAAAUAUGCAGACUAAAACCCUACAAUUCUUGGAAAUACAGGGGCACCCUGUCAGGCUUAGCUUUUAACAAUGGAUUAUCUAAUACAAUAACAACAGCACAAACAGGGAAAGAAAUAAAUGGGACCUCAUAAAAAUUAAAAACUUUGGUUCAUCAAAAGACUUUACCAAAGUGAAAAGACAAGUUACCAACUAAUAUCUUCGGAAACCAUAUAUCCGAUAAGAAUCUAAUAACCAAAAUAUAUGUAAAACUUUGACAACUUAACAAAAAGACAGCGUAAUCAUAAAAUGGGCAAAGGACUUGAAUAGACAUUUCACCAAAGAGGACAUUCAAAUGGACACCAAACACAUGAAAAGAUACUCAGCAUCAUUAGCCAUCAGAGAGACACAAAUCAAAACCACAAGGAGAUACCAUUUCACUCCACUAGGGUGGCUAAGUUAAAAAACAACAACAAUAAAAAACCCAGAAAAUAAUAAAUGUUGGCAAGGAUGUGGGGAGAUUGCUGAUGGGAGUGCAAAAUGGUAUGGUUGUUGUGGAAAACAUUGUGGAACUUCCUCGAAAAACUAAAAAUAGAUCUACCAUAAACCCAGUGCCAUCGAGUCGAUUCCGACUUAUAGCGACCCUAUAUAUGACCCAGCAAUUCCACUGUUAAGUAUAUACCCAAGACUUGAAAGCAGAGACUCAAAAAGAGACUUGUACACCAAUGUCCGUUGUAGCACUAUUCACCAUAGCCAAAAGGUGGAAACAGUGCUAGUGCCAGUACAUACAUACAGUACUACUUAGCCAGUAGGAGAAAUGGAGUCUUGAUAAAUGCUACAGUAUGGAUAACGCUUGAAGACAUUAUGCUGAGUGAAAUAAGUCAAUCACAAAAGAACAAAUAUUUUAUUACCUCACUUAUAUAAAAAGGUAAGAAAAAGCAAAUAUAUGGAGAUCAGAGUUUAUUAGUGGUUACCAGGAGUGGGAAGGAGGGGAAAAAGGAGGGUUAACAGUGAUGGAAAAAUCACAUUGAUUAAGGGUAUGGUUCUACAGCCAGUUAUUGUAGUUUUUGUCAAUAAGUUGUACACCUGUAAAGAGUUGAAUUGGCAAAAGUUGUGUAAUGUAUUUAAGACAAUAACAACAACAAAAAAGCUGCUGAGUUGCUUACGUACAGCUAAACACCUCAUGGGAUUUGGUUUCUUGUUUUGGAGGUCUUAGGGUCACGGUUUCAUGGGCCAUCUCAGUUAACUGGCCUAAUACCAUGUUUAGUGCUUCUGGUCUAUCUCCUACUUUGUUAUGUAGUGCCUGGCACAACAAUUGGUCUCUACUCGCUGGAGCAACAGAGGAAGAAGGAGAGUCAGGAAUAGGAGGAGGAUAUGGAAUGUGUGGCUAAUUGCCUCCAUGAACAGCUGCCUCCCUUACGUGAGACCAGCAGAACUAGAUGGUGCCUGGCUACCAUUACUGAACAUUUUGAUCAGCGAGUCCAUAGAAGAAUGCUGAUCAAAAGAGGGAAAAUGUAGAACAGAAUUUCAGUUUCUCCUGGACUCUAGACUUUCUGGAGCCAUGGAGGGUGGAUGAACCCCUGAAACUAUUGCCCUGAGAUAAUUUUUAAACCUUAAACCAAAUAUAACCCCUGUAUUCUUCUUAAAACCACACAGUAGUUUAGCUUAACUAUUAAAAAUGUCUGCCUUGAGCAUUAUGCUCUUUUAAGAGCUAUUUGUUGUUGUUACGUCCUUUUGAGUCAGUUCUGACUCAUAGUGACGCUGUGUACAACAGAAUGAAAUACUGCCCCAUCCUGCACCAUUCUCACAAUUAUUAUGCUUGAGCCCAUUGUUGCAGCCGCUGCAUCAAUUCAUUGCAAAGGGUUUUCCCCUUUUUUGCUGACCCUCUACUUAACAAGCAUGACGUCCUUCUCCAGGGACUGUCCCUCCUGAUGACAUAUCCAAGGUACGUGACACAAAAUCUCUAUAUCCUUGCUUCUAAGGAGCAUUCUGGCUGUACUUCUUCCAAGACAGAUUUGUUCAUUCUUCUGGCAGUCCAUGGUAUAUUCAGUAUUAUUCACCAGCACCAUAAUUUAAAGGUAUCAGUUCUUCUUCGAUCUUGUUUAUUCAUUGUUCACCUUUGGCAUGUACAUGAGGCGAUUGAAAAUACCAUGGAUUGGGUCAGGUGCACCUUAGUCCUUAAAGUGACAUCUUUGCUUUUUAACACUUUAAAGAAGACUUUUGCAGCAUAUUUGCCCAAUGCAGUAUGUUGUUAGAUUUCUUGACUGCUGUUUCCAUGGGCGUUAAUUGUGGAUCCAAGUAAAAUGAAAUCUUUGACAAUUUCAGUAUUUUCUCAGUUUAUCAUGAUGUCACUUGUUGGUCUAAUUGUGAGAGUUUUUGUUUUCUUUAUGUUGAGGUGUAAUCCAUGCUGAAACUGUCGUUACUAAGAAUGACCAGUUUCAAAAUGACCUAUACCAGUCCAUUUCAGCUUAUUAAUGCCUAGGAUUUUGAUCUUUUUGUAUUCCAUUUCAUUUGAUGACUUCCAAUUUUCCUAGAUUCAUACUUCGUACAUCCCAUGUUCUGAUUAUUAAUGGAUGUUUGCAGUUGUUUUUCACUUUGAGCUGUGCCACAUCAGCAAAUGAAGGUUCCGAAAGCUUUACUCCAUCCAUGUCAUUAAGAUCAACUCUACUUUGAGGAGGCAGCUCUUUAGCAGUUGUAUUUUGAGUUCCUUCUGACCUGAGGGACUCAACUGGCAUUGUAUCAGACGAUGUAUCCACUGCUAUUCAUAAGGUUUUCACUGGCCAAGUUUUUUAGAAGUAGAUGGUCAGGUUCUUCUUUCUAGUCUGUCUUAGUCUGGAAGCUCCGCUGAAACAUGUCCACAUUGGGUAACCCAGCUGGUGUUUGAAAUACCGGUGGCAGACCUUACAGCAUCACAGCAACAUGGAAGCCGCCAUAGUAGGACAAACUGACAGAGAAGUGGUAGAAAGAGCUAUCUAUAUGGGAUCAAAGUGACAAUAGCAACUGGAAAGAUUAGAUAGGAACCAUAGCGGGCAGUGAGUUUGUGUUAUUGAGGGAGGAACAAUUCAGAAAAGGAGGGUGAGAAUGGUUGCACAACUCGAAGAAUGUAAUCCGUGUCACUAAAUAGUACAUGUACAAACUGUUGAAUUGGUGUAUGUUUUGCUGUGUACAUUCUCAACAAUAAAAUAAAUAAAAUUUAGAAAAAAAUCAGUUGGCCAACGAUGUAUGGAUUGUGAUUUAUUUUUAAAGACUGUUUUCUGUCUAUUCUGUAUUCUACAUGCUUUGAAGUGGCCUUGGACCAGAAGCAGUAAAAUUCUGACUAUUCAGCAAAGUGGCAGACUAGUCAGGGAUCUGGAUAGGUUGAAAGGUGUCACACUUUGGGGGAUUAUUGUGUGGUAGCUGUUUGCAUUUUAUUUUUUCCAUUUGUGUCUAGAAAAGGCUGAAAAAUUACUGAUUGAACAACUAAUGUUAUGAAAAUUUGUCAUGAAAUUAGUUUGUAAUUAUGCAUAAUAAUAUUUGCACAUUUAUUAGACUGUGAAAUCCCCUUCGGGCUACAAAGAACAACAUAAUCAUUGUGGAGUGUUGUGAGGUUAGUACUUCUCUGUUAUUUUCAGUGAUUUUCAAUGUGGGUGUAUACUUUCUAUCUGUAGGUCAUUUGUAGGCCUGGAGGAAGGAGGAGGCAGCUCUUGGGUGAUCUUUUCUCUCAGAUUAGAGGAAUUUCCAGAAGCCUGAGUGGAUUUGAGAAAGGAAUAGAGGUCAGGCUGUCAGCUUGAUCUUUUAUUAUCUCUAAGGUAGGGAGAGGGAUGGUGGGUCUUGCAGUCAUGGGUGCUGAUGGUCAGCUGUAGCUCUCCUCCAGCUUGUGUGAGUACUGGUGGGUGGUCGUGGUGGCAGUGGCAGGAAUGUGGUGCUAGGGCCUCUUUCUGGAAGGACUGGUCAGUGUAUUACCAUCAAGUGUCAAGUGUGUGAUCAAGGAGAAAGUCUUUGUGGGCAGGCGGAUCCCUGCUGCUUGAGGUCUCAGCAUCUGUAUUCUGUGUGCUUGCAGAGGGCCUAAACCCUGGUAGCAUAGUGAUUAAGUGCUAUUGCUGCUAACUAAAAGGUCGGCAGUUCGAAUCCGCCAGGCACUCCUUGGAAACUCUUAAGGGGCAGUUCUACUCUGUCCUGUAGGGUUGCUAUGAGUCGGAAUCAACUCGACGGCAGUGGGUUUGGUUUUUGUUUUUUUGCAGAGGGACUGUCGACAGAUGUCCUGGAUCACCCCGCCUGUGUUGAGUCAGGAGUAUGUUGUAAUAUGUCCCACUUGCCUGGACUGGUCGAGGCAUUGAGGGCUGAGUUGGCCUGUCCAAGUCCAGACACCUCUCCUGGUUUGGCUGGGUUUUGGUUUGUGUUUCUUCCUCAUGUUGAUACAUAAGUAGUAAUUAUAUCAUUUGGAAGCAAUUACUUUAUUGUUCUAGAGAAUAAUAUGGAAUAUUAAUAAUACGGAAUAAAUUCUUCCAAUUAAGAGUUCUGAUUCUGUCUCUUAAGGGGAGGCACAACUGUCCUGGUUAUGGUAAGAUCAUUAAGUCUCAUGACAAGUAAGAAUCAGCUUUAGGGCUGUUGAUGACAGUUUGAAUUUGAUUCCACUUUUUAUUUUGAGAAUAGAUUGAUGUACCUGAGUCGGGUUUGUAAUUUGAUAUGUUGAUGUGAGAAGGCAUUGGCUAAAAUCUUGUUCUAAGAAUUUGCGUGUUCUCUUUCUUUUGAUCAUUGUUUUGCUCAGUAGUUUCUGUGUUCCUUAUCUCUUCUCAUGCUUCUGAGGGUAUUCCUUGCCUGAUGUAGAUAAUAGAGCAAAGAAUAGAAUUUUGAUUUGAUUUUUUCAUUUAUUGUUGAAUUGCUCUUGUGAUGUCUUUUGUCACUGUUUCCUAGUUUUAAAAUGGGAGGCCCAAAGUACUUUCUUGAUGGUAGUGUUUAGUAGUCAUGAAAUAGUUUGCAGACUUUUGGUGUGAGCAAUAUAAAAUUGUUUUAGAAUUUAAGGAAAAAUUGUUAUCGUUAUGGAUGAUGAGUAAAUAAAUAGCAUUAAUAUUAUUGAUGCCUUCUACGUAGUUCUUUAUCAGAGCCCUUUUCCUGACUGCAAUAUUUCAUUGUAACGGAGAAUGAUUUGCAUGUGAAACUGGUUGCUUUAUAUUUUAUUUCUGGUUGCUAUAGAAACGGUCCAGUGUGGUAGUGACUGCUAAUCAAGUGCUAAGUGACACCGCUUUUAUAAUGGAGCUCUCUGUUCCUUGAGCUGCAGCCCUUGUGACAGCGGGCCGUGAGGGUGGGGCUGGGCCGCCUGCCUGUCACAUCACAGUUUGGUCACAGGGGCAUCAGCAUCAGGAUAAGUAGAAUGGUGUGAUUCCUUCUCCCCCGGUGUAAGUGCUGUGGGCUUUUGUUCUCCCUUUGAGUGGUCACGGAUUUUCAUUCUAGGUGUGAGUUAGUCAGCCAAUCCAGUGGCAUCGGUGCUUGUCCUGUAAGAUCAUCCCCCAGAGAAAGCAGUCAGGAGGGUCUGUUGAAAAUGACUGCUUGAACAACAGUUGUUAAAGUCUGUCCUGAACUGUGGCAGCCCUGUCUCCCUGCAUCAGCAAGGGUAGGAAGAAGGAAGGGUGGCGCUGCAGUGCAUACUGCGGAGGAACCUCCCAGCCAGCCAGAACCCACAUACUUCCUUCCUGUACCAUCAGCGUGCAUUCAUGUUUGAAGAAUUCAUUUAAAUUAGAUUUUUUUGUGAAUUAUACAUCAUUGAAUUUUGGGCUAUUCUUCAUUGCCUUGGAAAGUUAGUUGCACGCUUUAACCUGGAAAGCAGCAUUCUGCUAAAUUGUAACAAAACCUGGAGUAUAUAGUCUGUUUGCAGGUAUGUGAUCAGUUAUAAAGGAUUUGGUCUCAGUUUGGUUGGCGUAAUCUGCAUUAGUAGUAUGUUGUAAAGAACACUUAGCAUUUAGCAUUCUUCUCUUCGACCUAGCGAGUAAGGUUGUGGGUCCAUUUUUGGUAGCACAGAUCCUGAAUCAUUUGAGCAUACAGAGGUAGCAUGGAAGAGUGCAGUGACUUUUCUUGCCGGUGUGGCUUGUGGGUAUAUUAGCUGUCUAUUGCUGUGUGAUAAAUCACCACAAAGGUAGCAGGCUAAAACAACACACAUUUGUUUUGUCACAGUUUUUGUGGGUCAGGAGUCUGGGCACAGUUUAGCCAGGUCCUCUGCUCCAGGGUCUCACCUCACUGCAAUUCAGGUGUCAGAUGGGACUUCAGUCUUAUCAGGGAUGUCAUUGGGUAGUGGUCCAACUCACCUUGCGGUUGUAGGAUUGAAGUCCCUAUUUUGCUUGCUUGCUGCCAGCUGGGAGCUGCUCUCAGCCCCUGGAGGCCCCCCACAGUUCCUUGCAACAUGGCCCUCUCAAAACAGCAGUAUAAUUCUGCAAAGCCAGCAGUGAGACAGCCUGUUGCCCUAGUCUGCUAAGACUUGGAGUCUUUUGUAAUGUGAGGUCAUUAUGGGAGUGGCAUCCUAUCACCCUUGCCAUAUUUUGACGGUUAGAAGCAAAUCUUAGAUACCACCCCCACUCAAGGGGAAGGGGCUUUUAAGUACAAGCAGUUGAGACCAGGAGGUGGGACAUCACUGAGCUCCCCCUUACUGGGGGUGUAUGUCAGAAUGGGGCUGUGUCUUUUUAAACUAGUUUCUUGUGUUCUGAUAUGUGAGUCUAGGGUGGCACAUCUCUUUUCUCCGUACUCUUACUACUUGGCUUGGUGGGAGGAGAGCCAAGACCAAGAGCCACAGUCUGGGUGGGUGAGCACUAGGCUGGAGUAUGGUCCUGGAUCAGAAUGUUACACCUGUCCUGCUCCCUUUAUGGGGUUGGACACGUCUUUCACUACCCUCUGCUUUCAUGUUCUCAGCUUUCAUAUAGGGAGGAAAAAUGCCUGUCCUGCGUGCCGGCCUCUGAGGGUUGUGUGAAGAUCUUAGGAGAUACUAGCUGUGAAAGGCAGAUCUUGGCCUGAGCCGGCCGCUCAGCAUCUUGGGGAGUUCCGGUCUUCUAAACUGGUGAACUCAGUCAUCUCUUUCUCCUCUUUUCAGUGCAUUCUUUGGGCAACGGAUCAGUUCUUUUCUGGAGCAAAGUGUGGGAUUGUUAGUUUGGUGUAGCCUUGUAGACUUCCUAGUCCCCUAGGCCUGAAUUCUCUCAAGUACUUUGGGACCUUUGGUGGGGAGCAGUCCACGGACUCUCAGACAGCAUUGGCUGUUUUCUACUUUACUUCCUAAACAUUUAAUCAGCCCAUUUAUCUCCGUCCCACUGCCACUACCUUGUGUCAUGUCCUCCUUACUUUUUAUUACUGCAGCAGCCCCUUCACUGGCUCCUCACACUUUCAUUCAAUAUCUUCCAGGCCUUAAAUGGUGUGCUUUUGCCCAGGGAUUCCCCUUUUCCCCGCUUUUUCCCUGGCCAGUGCUUACUCUGCCAGGGAGUGCUCACUCUGCUUGAGCCUUCCCAAUGCUUAUUGACACUCAUCCCUUGGGUUAGAUCUGUUUUUGCUCGUGACUUCUGCCCCCAGUUGGUUAGAUUCUCAUCCUUGGUCUCACAGUACCCUCUGCUUUCCCGCUCUGGUAAUGAUUUAUUGCUCUGUGUUACAAGGAACUGUCGUCUGUAUCCUCAAGCACCAAGCAUGGGGCUUGGCACACAUAUUGGUGCAUACCUAAUAAAGCUUGUCACUGUGCCAGUAAAUAUUUAAAUGUUACACACAACAUGUCCAUUAAAAUUGGGACUGAGAAGAAUGCAGUGUGUUCUGGAACUCCAGUUACUUUGUUCUGCUUCUUCCGCUGAAUCUGAUCCGCCUUCCUUCUGAUUUGCUUCUAGUGUCACUAACCCUACUUUCAUUGCUGGGUUUAUUGUGUGAAUCUUAGAUGGUUUCUUUCUUUUUUUUAAUAAGUGUCUAGACCUUCUGAAUGUUACAGCCAACUUAGACACAUUGGCACUCUUUCCCCAUUUACAUGCAAAAACAAAUAGCAUAGGCAGAACCUAGAUUUGGGACUUGAAAGUGCAAACUUAAGUCCUGUUUUUGCUUUCCCAUCCUUCUGGUUUCCUUUUUUAGUUGUUGCUAAUAUAUGGUGGGGGGUGUUCAUGGGCAGGUUGGACUGGAGCAUCUACAGCAACUUUAGUCUCAGAAAAAUGUUUGCAAGCCUGGUCUUGGAUUUAGAGCCCUGAAAAGCGGUGCCAUUAAAAGUUUCUGUAACCAAUCCCAACAGUUUCUCCCCAGCUCAUUUGGAAGCAACUUGGUAUACCAGUUGUCACCUCAGUCAGUAUUGGGAGGGUAUUGGAGCUAGAAGAGACUUUAGAAAUUGUCCUCCCAGCUGCUCAUUUUAUAGACGAGGAGAUUUGUCUAUUUGCCAAUAUGAGUAAUAAUUUAUAUAAAAAAAAGUGGGAAACAGCACUAAUUAUACUAUGUUUACUACUCAGGUACCAUUUGACAGAGAGGGAAUAUAGUUUAACAAAUACCUAGAUGAGCGGUGAGCAUUAUAGUGCUUAGCAUGCCUGCAUUCAGGGGAGUGGCCUGCCAUCAGCAGGGUUGGGAAGUAAAUAACUAAAAAUACAUGGUUAGAUAAGUGUUUCCCUUUUUCCUCUUCUUUGUGAGGCAUUGCUUGUGAAUUAAGGGUACUUGCCUGAUUUUGAUAGUAAAUAGUACCUUAAACAUUUCCCCAGGGACCUUAAUUAGUGACCUAAAGCUUUACUCUGAUAAAAAGAAUCACUUCCUUUUAUUACUCUGUUAGUGCCACCUGAUAAUGUGGUUAGUUACUGCUGCCUUGUGAAACUAAACUCAUGGUUUUCCUUGAAUCAUCUUUCUCAGAUUUGAAUUCCUAAGGGGGAAUGAGAUCACUCCAUGAUGCACACUUCAGGUUAGCCAUUUUUUUCUUUCACAUUUCAGCUGCUCAGAGGCUGAGAUAUGGAAAUUGUUACAAUUUCCAAAUAGCAUCUAGUUUUGGGGUUCAAUAGUGGUUUUAAAUUUAGGAUCUAGCAUGGAGGGGGUUGGUUCCUGUGCUUUCUGGAGAUUUCUUGGAAGCUAGUAUUUUAGUUUUUUUUUCUCCUAAGAAACUCUGGUGGCGUGGUGGUUAAGUGCUACGGCUGCUAACUGAAGGGUCAGCAGUUCGAAUCCACCAGGUGCUCCUUGGAAACUCUAUGGGGUAGUUCUACUCUGUCCUGUAGGGUCGCUAUGAGUCAGAAUUGACUCAACGGCAAUGGGUUUUUUUUUUUUUUUUAAGUCUUCCAGGUUAACCACUUUCACCUGCCUGCCUUUGGCCUGAACAUAAAAUGGCCCUGGCUCCCGACCCUUAGCUUACUCAUGCAUUUUCUUUUCAUACCUGUGUAUAUUUGUUGUUAGCUGCACAAUGGAACCCCAUGCACAGUGGAAUGAAACGCUUCCUGGUCCUACACCAUCCUCAUAAUCAGCAACCUUUGUGAUCCAUAGGGUUUCCGUUAGCUGAUUAUAAGAAAUAGAUUGCCAGGCCUGGAAGCUCCGCUGAAACCUCUUCAACAUCGUAGCCACAUGCAAGCCUCCACUACAGACAGGUGGUGUCUGCUCAUGAGGUGUGUUGGUUGUCGAACCCGGGUCCCCUGCAUGGAAGAGUAUACCCAGCACUGCUUUGGGACACAUCUCUCUUGGAUUUAACAUACAGUUCUCAUCAACAUCGGCUUACAGCUAUGGAAUCGUGCUAAAUGGAGCGGCUCCAGAGAGCGGUCCCCAGAAAGCAGCAUCCCUGAAUGAGCCUCAGCUCAGGGCCAGCUACAGAUUCUUCACCUCCAUUUGUGAGGAGGCAGGAACAAAGAUUGGUUGUUUACCAUCUGCUUAGGGGCUUGGGCAACAGGACCCAUUAAACUGUGCGUGGAGCAUCUAUGUGGGGAGCCUUGAGGAAGAAUAGAUCAUCGAUGCCCACACUGGCAAGCAGACGGUUGAUGAUGAGGCGAUGGCGGUAUGAAUGAAGAUCACGUGAGGGAGCAGAACGAUGCCCAAGGGUGGGUGUUCUAAAACACCACAGCCAGAAGAAUUUUCUCUCAGCAACGACAUGGUGGAGAAACAAACUGGGAAAAAGGAUAAAGAUAAAGUUUCUCUGACCAAGACCCAAAAGCUGGACCGAAGCGAUGGAGGGAAGGAGGUGAGAGAGCGCACCACCAAGCGCAAGCUGCCCUUCACCAUCGGCGCCAAUGGAGAGCAGAAAGACUCGGACACAGAGAAGCAGGGCCCCGAGCGGAAGAGGAUCAAGAAGGAGCCCGCUACGCGCAAGGCCGGUCUGCUGUUCGGCAUGGGGCUCUCUGGGAUCCGCGCUGGUUACCCCCUCUCCGAGCGUCAGCAGGUGGCCCUCCUCAUGCAGAUGACCGCUGAGGAGUCUGCCAACAGCCCAGUAGAUACAACACCAAAGCACCCCGCCCAGUCUGCAGUGUGUCAGAAGGGGACGCCUAACUCUGCCUCAAAAACCAAAGAUAAAGUGAACAAGAGGAACGAGCGCGGGGAGACACGCCUGCACCGGGCCGCCAUCCGGGGUGAUGCCCGGCGAAUCAAGGAGCUCAUCAGUGAAGGUGCAGACGUCAACGUCAAGGACUUCGCAGGCUGGACAGCUCUGCAUGAGGCCUGUAACCGUGGCUACUAUGACGUUGCAAAGCAGCUGCUAGCAGCAGGUGCUGAGGUGAACACCAAAGGCCUAGACGAUGACACGCCUCUGCACGACGCCGCCAACAACGGGCACUACAAGGUAGUGAAAUUGUUGUUACGGUAUGGAGGUAAUCCUCAGCAAAGCAACAGGAAAGGCGAGACGCCUUUGAAAGUCGCCAACUCCCCGACAAUGGUGAACCUCCUGCUGGGCAAGGGCACGUACACCUCCAGCGAAGAAAGCUCCACUGCAGAGAGCUCUGAGGAGGAAGACGCCCCCUCGUUCGCACCUUCCAGUUCAGUGGAUGGCAAUAACACAGACUCUGAAUUUGAAAAGGGCCUGAAGCACAAGGCCAAGAACCCAGAGCCCCAGAAAACAGUGACUCCCGUCAAAGACGAGUACGAGUUUGAUGAGGACGAUGAGCAAGACAGGGUCCCUCCUGUGGACGAUAAGCACUUGUUAAAAAAGGAUUACAGAAAAGAGACUAAGUCAAACAGUUUUAUUUCUAUACCCAAAAUGGAAGUCAAAAGUUACACUAAAAACAACACAAUUGCACCAAAGAAAGCCGCACAUCGCAUCUUGUCGGACACGUCAGACGAAGAGGAGGUAAGUGUCACCGUGGGGACAGGAGAAAAGCUGAGACUGUCAGCACACACAAUACUGCCCAGUAAUAAAACACGAGAGUCUUCUAAUUCCAAGCAGCAGAAAGAAAAAAAUAAAGUGAAAAAGAAGCGAAAGAAAGAAACAAAAGGCAAAGAAGUUCGGUUUGGAAAAAGGAGUGACAAGUUCUGCUCCUCUGAGUCUGAGAGUGAGCCCCUGGGCAGUGACGAGGAUGAUGGCUCCGUUGGCAGCUCUGGCUGCACCAAAGGGUCCCCACUGGUGUUGAAGGACCCCUCCCUGUUUAGCUCGCUCUCUGCCUCCUCCACCUCCUCCCACGGGAGCACUGCCUCCCAGAAGCAUAACCCCAACCACACAGACCAGCACUCCAAGCACUGGAGGACGGACAAUUGGAAAACCAUCUCCUCUCCUGCCUGGUCGGAGGUUAGCUCUUUGUCGGACUCCACAAGGACACGGCUGACGAGUGAGUCUGACUGCUCCUCAGAGGCCUCCAGCGUGGAGUCCCUGAAGCCUGUCAGGAAGAAGCGGGAGCAUAGGAAAGCCAGUGGCCUGCAGGGCACGCUCUCUGAGAAGAAGAGUGCGUUCCACACCAGCGUGGAUGGAGCCAUCCCAAAGCUAGACAAGGAGGGGAAGGUUGUCAAAAAACACAAAACAAAACAUAAACACAAAAACAAGGAGAAAGGACAGUGUUCAGUCAGCCAGGAACUUAAACUGAAAAGUUUCACUUAUGAAUAUGAGGACUCAAAGCAAAAGCCCGACAAGGCCAUACUCCUAGACAAUGAUAUUCCCACUGAAAACAAGCUAAAGGCGUUAAAGCAUGACCGAGACCAUUUCAAGAAAGAAGAGAAACUUAGCAAAAUGAAGUCAGAAGAAAAAGAGUGGUUAUUUAAAGAUGAGCUAAUAAAGGUCUCCAAAGAUGAGAAAUCACUCAAGAGAAUCAAAGACCUGAGUAAAGACAUCACUAAAUGUUUCCGAGAAGAGAAAGACCGCGUGAACAAGUCAGAAAAGGAGAAAGUGAUGAAGGAGAAGUCUCCAAAGGAGGAGAAGCUGAGGCUAUACAAAGAGGAAAGAAAGAAAAAGUCAAAAGACAGGCCCUCAAAACUAGAGAAAAAGAAUGAUUUAAAAGAGGACAAAACGUCAAAAGAGAAGGAGAAAACUUUCAAAGAAGACAAACUCAAAAAAGAAAAAGUUUAUAGGGAAGAUUCUGCUUUUGACGAGUAUUGUAACAAAAAUCAGUUCCUGGAGAACGAAGACAGCAAGUUCAGCCUCUCUGAUGACCAGCAGGAACGGUGGUUUUCUGACUUGUCCGAUUCAUCCUUUGACUUCAAAGGGGAGGAUAGCUGGGAUUCUCCAGUGCCUGACUACCGGGAGAUGAAGAGCGACUCUGUGGCCAAGCUCAUCCUGGAGACGGUGAGAGAGGACUCGAAGGAGAAGAGGCGGGACAACAAGAGCAGGGAGAAGAGAGACCACAGCGAGAGACGCAGCGACAGAGAUGCUUUCUUUAGAAAGAAAGACAGGGACUAUCUGGAUAAAAAUGCUGAAAAAAGAAAAGACCAAACUGAAAAACAUAAAAGCGUCCCCAGCUAUCUGUCAGAGAAGGAUAAGAAGAGGAAAGAGUCUGUGGAUGGAGCCAAAGAGCGGAAAGACAAGGACCUGAGCGACGUCUGCAGGGACAGAAAGGACUCCUUCGAGAGCGCCAAGGAAAGGAAAGAAGUCAGAGCUAAGCCGGAGGAGGCCUACAGAGAGGGCCUUAAAGAGUUCAGCUGUGACAGUUUUUUCAAAGACAAGUCUGACUCUGACUUUGUGAAAAGUCUGGAGUCUUGGGAAAGGCAUCAUUCAGUGAAAGAAAAAGACAAGAAGGAUGGCAUUGAUAAGGAAAAGAAAGAGAAAAUAAAAUCAGAAAAAUAUAAAGACAAGUCCAGUGACAAAGACAAGAAUGAAAAAUCUAUCCUUGAAAAGAGUCAGAAGGACAAAGAAUUUGAUAAAUGUUUUAAGGAGAAAAAAGAAAUUAAGGAAAAACAUAAAGAUAUACAUAGCAAAGACAAAGAAAGAAAAACUUCUCUUGAUCAAGUUAAAGAAAAAAAGGAGAAGACUUUCCCUGGAAUUCUCUCAGAAGACUUCUCUGAAAAAAAAGAUGAAAAAAAGGGUAAAGAUAAAAGUUGGUAUAUCGCAGACAUAUUCACAGACGAAAGUGAAGAUGAAAAAGACACAUACGCUGCCAGUGGGUUCAAACUCGGGGAGGCUGGGGAAGGGCAGAGGGCAGAGGGCCCACAGGACAGGGAGGAGGGGAAGGAGCCCUACCCCUCAGAAAAGCACCGGAAGUACUCCUCUGAUAAACAGCACUCAGAGAAGCAGAAAGAUAAAGAAUCCAAGGACAAGAAAAAGGACAAAGGAGUCACUGAAGGAGGGAAAGACAGAAAAGAAAAAAUCUUUGAAAAACACAAAGAGAAGAAGGAUAAAGAGUCCACAGAAAAGUACAAGGACAGGAAAGACAGAACUUCAGUUGACUCUACUCAAGAAAAGAAAAAUAAAAAACUCCCUGAGAAGGUUGAAAAGAAGCACUUGGUAGAAGACAAGGCGAAAAGCCGGCACAAAGAGAAAUCUGACAAGGAACAUUCCAAAGAAAGGAAGUCUUCAAAAAGUGCCGAGAUGGAAAAAAGUUUAUUGGAAAAGUUGGAAGAAGAAGCUCUGCAUGAGUACAGAGAAGACUCCAACGAUAAAAUUAGUGAGAUCUCAUCCGACAGCUUCACUGACAGAGGGCAGGACCCUGGGCCAACUGCCCUGCUGGAGGUGUCGUUCACAGAGCCUCCUGAGGAGAAGGCCAGGGAGGGCUCUUGCCUGCAGGAGAAGCUGAAGGAGAGACACAGACACUCCUCAUCCUCAUCAAAGAAAAGCCACGACCGAGAGAGGGGGAAGAAAGAAAAGGCCGAGAAGAAAGACCGUGAGGACUAUAAGGAGGUGGGCAGUAGAAAGGACUCCAACCAGUAUGAAAAAGACUUCCUGGAUGGGGACACUUACGGCAUUUCCUAUAAUACAAAAGCAGAUAUAGAAGAUGAGUUAGAGAAAACCAUUGAAUUGUUUUCUACUGAAAAGAAAGAUAAAAAUGAUUCUGAAAGAGAACCUUCCAAGAAAAUAGAAAAAGAACUAAAGCCUUUUGGGUCCAGUGCCAUCAGCAUCCUGAAAGAGAAGAAGAAGAGAGAGAAGCACAGGGAGAAGUGGAGAGAUGAAAAGGAGAAGCACCGAGAAAAGCAUCCGGAUGGCUUCCUGAGGCACCACAAGGACGAGCCAAAGCCUGGAGCCAAAGACAAGGACAACCCCCCGAACUCUAAUUUUAAAGACAAAUCCAAGGAGGACACCCUGAGACUCGGAGAAGCCAAGCCAAAGGAGAAGUUCAAGGAGAGUCAGGAGAAGGGCGACUUGGCAAAGAUCAGCAAUGGGAACGAGAAGCUGCCGCCAUCCAGAGACCCCAGCAGGAAAGACCACCGGCCCCGAGAAAAGUUGCUGGUAGAUGGCGACCUGAUGAUGACGAGCUUCGAGAGGAUGCUCUCACAGAAGGACUUGGAGAUUGAGGAGCGCCACAAGAGGCACAAGGAGAGGAUGAAGCAGAUGGAGAAGAUGAGGCACAGGUCUGGGGACCCAAAGCUCAAAGACAAGACUAAGUCAGCAGAGGACAUGCGCAAGAAGAGUCUGGAGCUCCCAACAAAAAAGCCAUCAGGGCUGGAUGUGCAGCUCAGAGACAAGAAGCUCAAGGACUCCAUUGUGCUGGCUCCAACCCUACCCCCUGCCGACAGUAAAAUGCUCCUGGGAGCGGGCUCAGAGCCCAAGGACUGGCUGGCGGGUCCCCAGAUGAAAGAGGUCUUGCCAGCCUCCCCCAGGCCUGACCAGAGCCGGCCCACUGGAGUGCCCACUCCCACCUCUGUGGUCUCGUGCCCCAGCUAUGAGGAGGUGAUGCACACCCCCCGCACCCCAUCCUGCAGCGCUGACGACUACUCCGACCUCAUCUUCGACUGCACCGACUCCCACCACAUGAUGCCCAUGCCUGUCAGCACGCCUGCCAGCGCCUGCUCCCCCUCCUUUUUUGACAGGUUCUCAACUGCCUCGAGUAGCCUUCCGGAGAACCCCAGUCAGACCCCAACGCGGACUCUGUCCACAAGCCUCUACCGCUCAGUGUCCGUGGACACGCGCAGGACCCCUGAGGAGGAGUUCAGUGUUGGGGACAAGCUCUUCCGGCAGCAGAGUGUCCCCGCCACCUCCAGCUAUGACUCACCAGCACGGCACCUGCUAGAAGACAAGGCUCCUGCUCCCCCGGAGAAGUUCCCCUGCUUGUCUCCCGGGUACUACUCUCCAGACUAUGGGGUCCCUUCGCCCAAAGGGGAGGCUCUGCACUGUGCUCCUGCAGCCGUGGUUAACGCCACACCGUCCCCGGAGGGCGUCUUCUCAAGUUUACAAGCCAAGUCCUCGCCUUCCCAUAGGGACGAGCUGGUAGCCCCUUCCCUGGAAGGGACCCUGCCCCCUGACCUGGGCCUCCCUCUAGAUGCCACAGAGGACCAGCAAGCCACGGCCGCCAUUAUCCCCCCAGAGCCCAGCUACCUGGAGGCUGCCGAUGAGGGCCCAUUCAGCACUGUUAUCACGGAGGAGGACCCAGGCGAGUGGGCACAUCCCGCUGCCUCCGAGCAGCCCCUCUCCUCCACCCUCGUCGGGGGUGUCCCCGAGAACCCUGUCAGCUGGCCCCCUGUUGGGGCAGACCUGCUGCUGAAGUCCCCACAGAGAUUUCCAGAGUCCCCCAAACAUUUCUGCCCCACGGAGCCCAUGCAUCCCACCACCCCCGUGCCCUUCAUUGCUACAGAGCCCCCGUACCCAGUCUCUCCACUCACGUACCCGUUGUCAGUCCCUGAGCCAGGGCUCGAAGAGGUCAAGGAGGACGUGGUCGAAGCGGUCCCAGUGGAGGUCUCCCCGUCAGAGGAGCCAGCCCCAUAUGCCCCUCCCUCUGGGCUGCAGGCCUUCUUCAGUGACUGUAAGCCUCUUGCGGAGACAGCUCCUGAUGCGCCCCCCGAGCCUGCGUGUGUGGCCGCCGCAACUCAGGUUGAGGCCCUGGGCCCUCUAGAAAAUAACUACCUGGAAAACAACCCCAGUCUCUCUGCCCUGGGUCAGGAGGAGCCAGUCCCCUGGCCAGACCCCUUCCCAAACCCUGAAGAUGACCUAGACCUGGGGCCGUUCUCACUGCCAGAACUUCCGCUUCAAACGAAAGACGUUUCAGAUGUGGAGACAGAACCUAUGGACGAGAGUCCUGUCAUUCCCCCAGAGCAGGCACCUCCAGGGGCCCCCGUGGUUGUAAGUGGGGGGGAUCUCCCCACAUCAGCCACUGAGGAACAGCACCCAACAGCCGACCAGGCAUCCACAGAGCUCUCCACCGAGCCUGUGCCUGCAGACCAGCCCAAGGUGGAGGUACCUCUGGAAGCUGUGGUGCAAGCAGUGGACGUGUCACUAGAGAGGGCCCCUGAGGACCUGGGCCCCAGCCUGGUGCCUGCACCAGUCCCCACCGAGCUCCAUGCAGCAGGAGGUGGGGACGAGGAGGCAGAGCCAGUGGACCCCCCAGUGGCACCCCACUCUGCCCCUGACAGUCCCCCUGCAGAUGUCACAGCCCAGGCUCUCACUGCAGAUGGGGCAGGCCUCCCCAACAGCGCUGGCCGUGCCCCUGCCCAGGCGGAAGUCCCCCCUGGCAGCAUCCAGUCCGAAGGAGCAGAUCCAGCCCCCAAGCCACCGGCUGAAGCCCCGAAGCCACCCCGAGUGGAGGAGAUCCCACAGCGCAUUACCAGGAACCGGGCACAGAUGCUGGCCAACCAGAACAAGCAGGGCACGCCGCCCCCUGAGAAGGAGCUUCCACCUCCUGCCCCUGUCACCAGGGCCAAGGGUCGCGUCCCCGAGGACGAGGACGCCCAGGCCCAGCAUCCUCGAAAGCGCCGCUUCCAGCGCUCUAGCCAGCAGCUGCAGCAGCAGAUGAAUACGUCAACACAGCAGACGCGGGAGAUGAUCCAGCAGACGCUGGCCGCCAUCGUGGAUGCCAUCAAGCUGGACGCCAUUGAGCCCUACCACAGCGACAGGGCUAACCCCUACUUCGAGUACCUGCAGAUCCGGAAGAAGAUAGAGGAGAAGCGGAAGAUCCUAUGCUACAUCACGCCGCAGGCCCCCCAGUGCUACGCCGAGUACGUCACGUACACGGGCUCCUACCUCCUGGACGGCAAGCCCCUCAGCAAGCUCCACAUCCCAGUGAUUGCGCCCCCUCCGUCCCUGGCGGAGCCGCUCAAGGAGCUAUUCAAGCAGCAGGAGGCCGUGCGUGGGAAACUCCGCCUGCAACAUAGCAUUGAGCGGGAAAAGCUGAUCGUCUCCUGCGAGCAGGAGAUCCUUCGGGUGCACUGCCGGGCGGCGAGGACCAUCGCAAACCAGGCGGUGCCCUUCAGCGCCUGCACCAUGCUGCUGGACUCAGAGGUCUACAACAUGCCCCUGGAGAGCCAGGGGGACGAGAAUAAGUCGGUGCGAGAUCGGUUCAACGCACGUCAGUUCAUUUCCUGGCUGCAGGAUGUGGAUGACAAGUAUGACCGCAUGAAGACAUGCCUCCUGAUGCGGCAGCAGCAUGAAGCAGCGGCACUGAACGCCGUGCAGAGGAUGGAGUGGCAGCUGAAGGUGCAGGAGCUGGACCCUGCGGGGCACAAGUCCCUGUGCGUGAACGAGGUGCCCUCCUUCUACGUGCCCAUGGUCGAUGUCAACGACGACUUUGUGCUGCUGCCGGCGUGACGCGGUGAUGGGACCGCGAGGACAUGGGCCUCCGGAACGCCCACGGUGCUGUCGGCCGCGCAGCAGGGAGGCGCAUCGUGUCAGGCGGAGGAGCCAAGGGGAAGACUGCACUUUGUUCACACUGCCCGGCCGACUACGACAUGGACGCCAGGGGCAGGCCCAGGGAUGGGCAGGAUGUGGACACAGCGUCACCUCUCUGGGGGCCGCUCUUGGAUCCUUGUUUCCAGCAACUGCAGUCAUGGUCGCAGUUGCAGGAAGGAAUGCAUUUUUAGAUUCUUGUUCCAUUCUGAUCAACUACAGGAAAAAAAUCAACGCGUCGCCUCUCACGGACAAAAGACCUCAAGGUUGGAGGAGGUAGACGACCCCCAAGGCCUCUCCCCUGUGGUCACAGAGCCACGGCGGGCACAAAUGGGGUGAGGACGCUGGGCUGAGCGAGGGCCCGACCACCCAUCCGCCCAGCACUGGUUGGCGGUGGGGGAGGGGACACGGAGCCAGGACUCUUCUGAUUGUGUUUUUAAUGGAGUCAAAUCCACGUGGUUUGUAUAUUUUUUCCUUUAAUCUUGGGCAUUUUGUUUCUCUUUCUGAGAACAUAACUUGAAACACUACAGAGCCAAUAAUCAUAUAAAAAGUGUAUCCCGUAAACGCUGUACAGUUUUAUACACAUUCACAAUGUACUUUUGCUGCCUUCUAGAUAAUUUAUUUUGCAACACAUUACUGCACAGUUGUAAAUAACUUAUGUACUGUAACAUCACUUUCAGUUAUGUGUAAAGAAAUAAAUAAAUUAAUUAAAAUGCUCUUAGUACACAUGCAGUCACCACAGCCAAUCCCCUCGCCCCCAGAACAGUAGGGCCACAGAUGCACGGUCCCAUCUUCAAGGACAAGCCGUGCCACCCACACCUGAACACUUCAGACCAUCUUUCCAGAGUUUUGCCUCUAACCUGAAACACUGCCUUUCUCUCCCAGCCUCCAGGCCUUAAAUUAAGGUGAGACUGGGAUACUGUGUUUGGGAAUGGGGUGGACAGGAGGUGUCCACUUUCUCCAAAGGAGCUGAGGCGGGCCAGCACCCAGACCCCAGUGAGGGCAGUGUGGCUGCAGAAGCACCAGGCACAGGCCUGUGUUCUCAGGCCAUCCUGCAACGUGCUGUUCUGGGGCAGCCCAUGAGAUCUGGAAGAACCAGAGAGGACUCAGCAAGGGAGGGGAUUUGCCCAGUGCCACACAGGUCACCUCAGAUCUGUGGCCUCUUCCUUGACACUAGCUCACAAAAGCCAUCUGCUCCUUGGCACUCCCUCUGGCAGCACCCUGGGAAGGUCUUCCUCCCUGCCUCCCUCCAAAAAGAACCUUAAACCCAGCCCAGAUUGGGGCUCAGCAGGCCUGGGUGGGUGGGACUCUGCAUUACUUCUGCCAGACAGGACCUGAUGUGAUGCCCUGCCUGAAGGAGCAGGAAGGCUGGCUCCCUCCCACGCCCACCCCUUGUGUGGUGAUGGCUGCCCGGUCUCCUUUCUGAGGAGGAGAACCACACAACAGGCCAGGCCUGAGCUCGAGGCCUCACGCUGCAGAGUGCCGUUUCAGGUGAGUGCCUGGGCCAUCCUUGAGAGCCUUCCAGGGGCUCCUGCAAUGAGAUGCCCGCACUGCCAUACCCCUGCUCCAGCACAGGCUCCAGCCCCCACAACUCCACAGGGCACUGGACAAGGAGAGAAGGACCUGCCUGUAGCCCUGUCCUGAACCUGUGUCCUUGCUGAAGCCCAGGGCCCCUCUUUCAUGAGGCGCCCAUCCGAGAGGAUCUGGGGCAAGGGCAGUGGCCCAGUCUACAUGGACAAGGCCUGGGAGGUGGCCAGUCACAGGGACGGAUGUCCCGCAGGUCUCAGUUGGGAUACCACCUGAGGGCCACAGUACAGAAGGGGGUCCCUGCUGCCAAGAACUGAGAUUUCAUGAGCCCUCUGUGGGGCCUUCUUGGGGGUAGCAGUGUGGUGGGUGCCGUGGGCCCCUCUCCUGAAUCCUCACCAUCUUUGUAUGUGAAAUCUCUGUGUGCUCUCUUCUGGUUCCUCAAGGGCUAACCUUGACCCAGCUAGGCCAGUUUCCCACCUUGAUUUAUAUACUUGGGGCCAGAGGCCCCAAUAUGUUUUUCUGGGCAUGCACUAAUUUGAGCUAGUUGUAUUUUUUUCCCCCUAAAUCACAAACUUUAUUACGGUAACGCACUUUAAGCCCUGCUUUUUCUUUUUUUUUUUUUUUAAAUAAUUGAAUCAACCUGUGUAAGCCCCCAACCGGUGGCAGGGUGAGAACAAAGACCUUCCAGGUGAGUGGCUUCCCUCUGCAUGGGGGUGGGGCAACAGUUAGCACCCAGUCACAGCUGCAUGCUGCUGUCAGCUGGCCCACAUCUGGAGGUAGUCUAAGAAGGCCAUGCACUGACCUGACCUGACAGCCCCACUGCUGGGCACAGAACCAGCAGACACAUGCUCACUGCUCAAAAAGUCACUCACAGACAGGUGCAUAGUUGCAUGGUAUGUAGCAGUCAAAAACUGGAAGCAAAUGUCCAACAAAAGAAUGGAAAAUGAACUGUAGUACUCCUAUAGUUCAAUACCACCCAGCAGGAUGCCUCUGCCUUGCACUCCUGACUGGGGCUGGGGCGGGGGCUGUGCACAUAGGGUGUCAAGCAGCAUCCCUGGCCUCCACCCGGUUGAUGCCAGUAGCACACCCCAGGUUGUGACAAGACAUGUCUCCAGACAUUAACAAAUGUCCUCUGGAGGACAAAACCACCCCCAGUUGAGGACUACAUAUAACAAUGAAGAUAAAACAGCCACACACAAGGUAAGUUGUAUGAUUCCAUUUAUGUAGAGUUCAAGAGCAGGGAAAAUAAAAUUACAAUGUUAGACCUCAAUGAUUUGGUAGAGCAGGAGGGAUAAUAACUGGAAAGAAGGAACAGGAGGGGCGAAACAGUCUAUUUCUCAUCCUGGGUGUUGACUGCAUGGUGAUUUGCUUUGUAAUAAUUCAGUGGACACUGUUAUGGAAACCCUGGUGGUGGAGUGCUUAGGAGCUGCAACUGCUAACUAAAAGCUCGGCAGUUUGAAUCCACCAGGCGCUCCUUGGAAACCCUCUGGGGCAGUUCUGCUCUGUCCUGCAGGGUCGCUAUGACUUGGAUGGCAACAGGUUUGGUUUUUGGUUGGUUUUAUUAUAUUCCACAAUUUUAAAAAGUGAUAAUUCCGAAUAUUAAUAAAAUCACAGAAUUAGACAACUCAGUAGAAAGUGAGAGGAGCAGAAUUGAAGUAGAAUCAAGAAUAGUGAGACUGAAGAUAAAACACCUGGCACCAAGAUAUUUGAAGAAAAACCACAUAAAAAAUUUAAAAAAAAAUGAAGAAACCCUAAGAAUCAUGUGGGACUCUCUCAAGAGAAAUAACCUACGAGUGAUUGGAAUACCAGAAAAGGCAGGAAUAACAAAAGAUAGACAGGAAUCUUGAAGAUUUGUUGAUAGAAAACUUCCCUGAUGUCAAGAAAGAUGAGAAGAUAUCUAUCCAAGAUGCUUAGCACACUCCACAUAAGGAAAAUCUUAAAGUCACCAAGACAUAUUAUAAUCAAACUUGCCAAAACCAAAGAUAAGAGAAUUCUAAGAGCAGCUAGGGAUAAAUGAAAAGGAGAGUCAAUAAGAAUAAGCUUGGACUACUCAACAGAUUUUUUUUUUUUUACUCAACAGAAACCAUGCAGGCAAGAGGGCAAUGUUAUUGUUGUUAGGUGCUGUCAAGUCGGUUCUCACUCAUAGUUACCCUGUACACAAUGAAACACUGCCCGGUCCUGCGCCAUCAUUACACACGUUGUUAUGCUUGAGCCCACUGUUGCAGCCACUGUGUAAUCCACCUUGUUGCGGGUCUUCCUCUUUUCCGCUGACCCUGUACUCUGCCAAGCAUGAUGUCCUCCAGAGACUGAUCCCUUCUGACAACAUGUCCAAAGUAUGUAAGAAUAAGUCUCACCAUCCUUGCCUCUAAGGAGCAUCCUGGCCGCACUUCUUCCAAGACAAAUUUGUUCGUUCUUUUGGCCGUCCAUGGCAUAUUCAAUAUUCUUCGCCAACACCACAAUUCAAAGGCGUCAACUCUUCUUCGGUCUUCCUUAUUCAUUGUCCAGCUUUCACAUGCAUAUGAUGUGAUUGAAAAUGCCAUCGCUUGGGUCAGGCGCACCUUAAGUCUUCAGGGUGACAUCUUUGCUCUUCAACACUUUAUAGAGGUCCCUUCCAGCAGACUUACCCAAUGCAAUGCGUCUUUUGAUUUCCUGACUGCGGCUUCCAUGGCUGUUGAUUGUGGAUCCAAGUAAAAUGAAUUCCUUGACAACUUCAAUCUUUUCUCCGUUUCUCAUGAUGUUGCUCAUUGGUCCACUUGUGAGGAUUUUUGUUUUCUUUAUGUUGAGGUGCAGUCCAUACUGAAGGCUGUGGUCUUUGAACUUCAUUAGUAAGUGCUUCAAGUCCUCUUCACUUUCAGCAAGCAAGGUUGUGUCAUCUGCAUAAUGCAGAUUGUUAAUGAGUCUUUCUCCAAUCCUGAUGCCCCGUUCUUCAUAUAGUCCAGCUUCUCGUAUUAUUUGUUCAGCAUACAGAUUAAAUAGGUAUGGUGAAACAAUACAACCCUGACGCACAACUUUCCUGACUUUAAACCAAUCAGUUUUGUUCUGUCCGAACAACUGCCUCUUGAGCUAUGUGAAGGUUCCUCAUGAGCACGAUUAAGUGUUCUGGAAUUCCCAUUCUUCGCAAUGUUAUCCAUAGUUUGUUAUGAUCCACACAGUCGAAUGCCUUUGUUUGCAUAGUCAAUAAAACACAGGUAAACAUCCUUCUGGUAUUCUCUGCUUUCAGCCAGGAUCCAUCUGACACCAGCAAUGAUAUCCCUGGUUCCACAUCCUCUUCUGAAACCGGCCUGAAUUUCUGGCAGUUCCCUGUCAAUAUACUGCUGCAGCUGUUUUUGAAUGAUCUUCAGCAAAAUUUUGCUUGUGUGUGGUAUAAAUGAUAUUGUCCUAUAAUUUCCACAUUCGAUUGGAUCACCUUUCUUGGGAAUAAGCAUAAAUAUGGAUCUCUUCCAGUCAGUUGGCCAGGAAACUGUCUUCCAUAUUUCUUGGCAUAGACAAAUGAGCACCUUCAGCACUGCAUCUGUUUGCUGAAACAUGUCAAUUGAUAUUCCAUCAAUUCCUGGAGCCUUGUUUUUCACCAGUGCCUUCAGAGCAGCUUGGACUUCUUCCUUCAGUACCAUCGGUUCCUGAUCAUAUGCUACCUCUUGAAAUGCUUGAAUAUCGACUAAUUCUUUUUGGUAUAAUGACUCUGUGUAUUCCUUCCAUCUUCUUUUGAUAGUUCCUGCAUCAUUUAAUAUUUUCCCCACAGAAUCCUUCACUAUUGCAACUCGAGGCUUGAAUUUUUUCUGCAGUUCUUUCAGCUUGAGAAACACCAAACCUGUUCUUUCCUUUUGGUUUUCCAUUUCCAGCUCUUUGCACAUGUCAUUAUAAUACUUUACUUUGUCUUCUCAAGAGGCCCUUUGAAAUCUUCUGUUCAGUUGUUUUACUUCAUCAAUUCUUCCUUUUCCUUUAGCUGGUCGACGCUCAAGAGCAAGUUUCAGAGUCUCUUCUGACAUCCAUCUUGGUCUUUUCUUUUUUUCCUGUUUUUUCACGGACCUCUUGCUUUCUUCAUGUAUGAUGUCCUUGAUGUCAUUCAGCAACUCAUCUGGUCUUCAGUCACUAGUGUUCAAUGCAUCAAUUCUAUUCUUGAGAUGGUCUCUUAAAUUCAGGUGGGACAUACUAAAGGUCAUAUUUUGGCUCUCGUGGACUUGCUCUGAUUUUCUUCAGUUUCAGCUUGAACUUGCAUAUGAGCAAUUGAUGGUCUGUUCCACAGUCGGCUCCUGGCCUUGUUCUGACUGAUAAUAUUGAGCUUUCCCAUCGUCUCUUUCCACAGAUGUAGUACUCAGUUUGAUUUCUGUGUGUUCCAUCUGGUGAGGUCCAUGUGUAUAGCUGCCGUUUAUGUUGGUGAAAGAAGGUAUUUGCAAUGAAGAAGUCGUUGGUCUUGCAAAAUUCAUUCACUCUCCGGCAUUGUUUCUAUCACCAAGGCCAUAUUUUCCAACUACUGAUCCUUCUUCGUUUCCAACUUUUACAUUCCAAUCGCCAGUAGUUAUCAAUGCAUCCUGAUUGCAUGUUCGAUCAAUUUCAGACUGCAGCAGCUGAUAAAAAUCUUCUAUUCAUCUUUGGCCCUAGUGGUUGGUGAGUAUAUUUGAAUAAUAGUCGUAUUAACUGAUCUUCCUUGUAGGCGUAUGGAUAUUAUCCUAUCACUGACAGCACUAUAUAUACUUCAGGAUAGAUCUUGAAACGUUCUUUUUGACGAUGAAUGCAACACCAUUUCUCUUCGAGUUGUCAUUCCCAGCAUAGUAGACUAUAUGAUUGUUCAAUUCAAAAUGGGCAAUACUGUCCAUUUCAGCUCACUAAUGCCGAGGAUAUCGAUGUUUAUGUGUUCCAUUUCAUUUUUGAGCAUUUCUAAUUUUCCUAGAUUCACACUUUGGACAUUCCAGGUUCCGAUUAUUAAUGGACGUUUACAACUGUUUCUUCUCAUUUUGAGUUGUACGACAUCAGCAAAUGAAGGCCCUGAAAGCUUUACUCCAUCCACGUCAUUAAGGUCAACUCUACUUUGAGGAGGCAGCUCUUCCCCAGUCAUCUUUUGACUGCCUUCCAACCUGGGGGGCUCAUCUUCCAGCAGUAGAUCAGACAGUGUUCUGCUGCUAUUCAUAAGGUUUUCACUGGCUAAUGCUUUUCAGAAGUAGAUUGCCGGGUCUUUCUUCCUACUGUCUUAAUCUGGAAGCUCAGCUGAAACCUGUCCUCCAUGGGUGACUGUACUGAUAUCUGAAUACCAGUGGCAUAGCUUCCAGCAUCACAGCAACAUGCAAGCCCCAAACUGUAUGACAAACUGACAGACAUGUGGGGGAAGAAGGCAAUAGGGUGACUUAUAUAAAGCACUGAAGGAAAAAAACUGCCAACCGAGAAUCAUAUAUCCAGCAAAACUGUCUUUAAAUAUUAAGGUGAAAUUAGGACAUUUCCAGAUAAACAGAAGUUUAGGGAAUUCGUAAAAACCAAACCAAAACUACAAGAAAUACUAAAGGGAGUUCUCUGGUUAGAAAAUCAAUAAUAUCAGAUAUCAACCCCAGACUAGAACAUAGGACAGAGCAACCAGAUGUCAACCCAGACAGGGAAAUCACAAAAAUAAAUCAAGAUAAAAAAAUGCCCAAAAGAGGGAAACAGCGAUGUCAUUAUGUAAAAGAAGACAACACUGAAGAAAAUAAAGAGUGACAAAGAAAUGUAGUCAUAGAUCUUUCAUAUGGAGAGGAAGACAAGGUGAUAUAAAGAAGUAAAAGUUAGGUUUAAACUUAGAAAAAUAGGGGCAAAUAUUACGGUAACCACAAAAGAGACUAACAAUCCUACUCAUCAAAAUGAAAUACAAGAAAAAAAUAGACUCAGCAGAGAAACAAAAUCAAAAACAACAAAUAAGAAGAAAAGACAAUAUAUAAACUACUCAACACUAAAAAUUAAGUGGGAAAAAAACUGUCAACAACACACACAAAAAGACAUCACAAUGACAGCACUAAAGUCAUACUCAUCCAUGAUUAUGCUGAAUGUAAAUGGACUAAAUACACCAAUAAAGAGACUGGCAGAAUGGAUAAAAGAACACAAUCCGCCUAUAUGCUGCCUACAAGAGACACACCUUAGACUUAGAGACACAAACAAAAACUCAAAGGAUGGAAAAAAUAUAUCAAGCAAACAGCAAUCAAAAAAGAGCAGGAGUGGCAAUAUUAAUUUCUGACAAAAUAGACUUAAAAGUUAAAUCCACCACAAAGGAUAAGGAAAGACACUACAUAAUGACUAAAGGGACAGUAUAUCAGGAAGAUAUAACCAUAUUAAAUAUUUAUGCACCCAGUGACAGGGCUGCAAGAUACAUAAACUCUAACAACACUGAAAAAUGAGCUGGACAGCUCCACAAUUACAGGAGACUUCAACACACCACUUUCAGUGAAGGACAGGACAUCCAGAAAGAAGCUCAAUAAAGACACGGAAGAUCUAAACGCCUUAAUCAAACAACUUGACCUCACAGACAUAUACAGAACACUCACCCAACAGCAGCCAAGUAUACUUUGUUUUCCAUCGCACAUGGAACAGUCUCUAGAAUAGGCCACAUAUUAGGUCAUAAAGCAAGCCUUAGCAGAAUCCAAAACAUUUAAAUAUUACAAAGCAUCUUCUCUGACAAUAAGACCAUAAAAGUAAAAACCAGUAACAGAAAAAGCAGGGAAAAGAAAUCACACACUUGGAAACUGAACAAUAAAAAAAAAAAAUCAAAAAUGACUGGGUUAUGGAAGACAUUAAGGAUGGAAUUAAGAAAUUCACAGAAUCCAAUGAGAAUGAAAAUACUUCCUAUCAGAACCUUUGGGACACAGCAAAAGCAGUGCUCAGAGAUCAAUUUAUAUCAAUAAAUGCACACAUACAAAAAGAAGGGCCAAAAUCAAAGAAUUAUCCUUGCAACUUGAACAAAUAGCAAAACAAAAGAAACCCUCAGGCACCAGAAGAAAGCAAAUAGUAUAAAUUAAAGCAGAAUUAAAUGAAAUAGAAAACUGAAUGAGGUAACAAGACCAAGAGCUGGUUCUUUGAAAAAAUUAACACAAUUGAUAAACCAUUGGCCAAACAGACAAAAAAACAGGAGAGUAAACGAAAAACCUGAACAGGAAAUGAGAUGGGCGACAUCACAACAGACCCAACUGAAAUUAAAAGAAUCCUAUCAGAUUACUACGAAAAAUUGUACUCAAAGAAAGUUGAAAACCUGGAAGAAAUGGAUGAAUUUCUAGAAACACACUAAAAUACCUAAAAUAACACAAACAGAAGUAGAACAACUAAAUAAACCCAUAACAAAAGAAGAGAUUGAAAAGGUAAUUUGAAAACUCCCAACAAAAAAAGACCUGGUCCAGACAGCUUUACUGCAGAGUUCUACCAAACUUUCAGAGAAGAGUUAACACCACUACUACUGAAGGUAUUUCAGAGCAUAGAAAAGGAUGCAAUACUCCCAAACUCAUUCUAUGAAGCUAGCAUUUCCCUGAUACCAAAACCAGGUAAAGACACCACGAGAAAAGAAAAUUAUAGAUCUAUAUCCCUCAUGAACUUAAAUGCAAAAAAUCCUCAACAAAAUUCUAGCCAAUAGAAUUCAACAGAUCCAAAAAAUAAUUCACCAUGACUGAGUGGGAUUCAUAUCAGGUAUGCAGGGAUGGUUCAACAUUAGAAAAACAAUAUAAUCCAUCAUAUAAAUAAAACAAAAGACAAGAACCACAUGAUCUUAUCAAUUGAUGCAGAAAAGGCAUUUGGCAAAGUUCAACACCCAUUCAUGAUAAAAAAAAAAAAAAAAACUCAGCAAAAUGGGAAUAGAAGGAAAA